AUGAGCAGCAACACCAAAGUGGCUGCAGGGAACAUUCAGAGGGUUUCUGCAUGGUAUGUGUCUAUUUAUGUGUUUGUAUGUGUUUAUUACUAAAGGUCCAUAUGUAAAUUCCAGAGGAUUCUUCAGUUAUUUAUUUAUUGUCAUCCAAAUAUCAGCACACUGGGGAAGAAGACGCAGUAGCACAGAUAGAUCCCCCUGAGUUAUUAUGGGCCCUUCUCUCAGGCUUUUAUCGUAGGAGUGAGAAAAGUAGAGGGAGAACAUUGUGGUCCCUUUUCUGUCCAUUAAAAGGUUCUAGGAACUCAUAUUCAUUAAUUUUAUGUGUGAUUUCUACAUUACCUUUCUUGACUAAAAUCCAUUUUGUUAUUAGAAAGUUGUGCUGCUGCAGUCAACAUGUAUGUUUAAUAAAAACUGUAUAAUACAUGAACUACUUAAACAGAAGGAUGUAUUAGCAUAUAUAGUUUUAGCAAAGAGAAAAAAAAGACCAAAUACCAUUAUCAUAGCAUUUUUAUCUAAAUUAUAUUGUUAAAUAGUUCUAAUUUAAACUAUUAUUUUCACCUAGCCCUCUUCCUAAGUAUUACCGGCACCUAUUAGCAUUUAUUUUUGCUAUUGAUGAGAUAAACAAUAACCCGAAUAUUUUACCCAAUGUGACUCUGGGAUACCAUGUACUUGAAUCCUGUGGAAAUGUGAACAAAGCUAUUAAGAACGUAAUAAUGAUAUUAUCAGGAUUCACAUCUAAUAUCCCUAAUUACUCCUGUAGGAGAUAUGGCAAACUGGUUGGUGUUAUAGGAGAUCUGUCCUCAGAGACGUCUCUUCAUAUGGCCAACAUACUGAGUCUAUAUGGAUACCCACAGGUAGGAUAUAUUACUAAGAAUACAGGAUUGUCUUUUGCUUGUCAAAGUUUGAUAACUGCCUAAUACUUUGAUAACCCUGCUUAAUACUUUAUGCAAUGUCCCAAGAAAGAAUGUCAGAGAGAUAUACAAUCACUUGUUAGUUAUGCUUGUUAGUUUUCAUGCCCUUUGAUAUAGCCCAUUAUGGCUCCCUUCAGGAAUGAUAUUGUAAAGGAAUACCCCAUCACUUGGAUCGGUACUAUUCCCUUUUUUACUUUUUGCACGGUUGUUCAAAUAUGCUUUGUUCAGUUCCCAAAUGAGGACCACUCCAUCAUCCCAAUAGAAUGUGUAACAUCAGGUAUUAAAUACGAAACCACAACGGAAACAAUUAAUGAAUGCUCCCCUGGGUUGCUGCCAUUUCGUGUAACCAAACCCACGUUGUGGACAGAAUAGAUGGCAUCCAUUUUGUCUCCCGAACGCAAGCAUCUGGUCAUCAAGUGCCUGGAUCUCAUUUCGGCUGUGCACUCCUGCGAACACUGGUGAAGAUGGACCCACUGACCGUCCCAGUUCCCGACCACCUAUACGAAUGGCAUUCAGGAGAUAUGAACUAUCAAAUGGGGGGAGCAUUCGCUACUUGAAAGCAUUCGGAUAUAUUGUAUGUUUUUCGUACAGAAACCACAGAACUGAGGUAGGCCAUUGCCACAAUUUCCCUGGAAGUAUUUUGGGCUUCUCCCAUGUGUCCGUCCGUUCAAAAUGUAACCAGGUGGCGAUUCCAUACUACCGAACCAAUCUGAGCACUUUUUGGAUAUGUUGGGUGCUCAGAUCAGGGCUAUUCGGGGAUAUGAUUCUUGUGGGGUACUUUUGGGGUGUUGCAAGAUUUUUUAUGUUUUCCUGUACCUGGAGAUAAUUAAGUUAUAAGUUUCCUGACUCGAUAAUCUCUCAGGCACAGGGAGGAGUUUGCUGUAUUUUUGUAUGGCGACCCCUUGCUGGGGGUCUGUGUAUAAAUUGAGAGUGCUGGCCUGAAAUAAACAGAUCUACUCCCAGCAUUCAUUCUUGACUAAUGUAUGGGGGGACAGCACUCUCUCUUUGGUGGAGCUAUUUCACACUGGGAAAGGGAGUCUGUGGCGGCAAUCUACUGGUGGUCAACCACAAAUAUACAUUAAUAAAAAAAAAAAAUAAAGACUGAUACUGCAUUCAAAUUAAAGAUUUCCACAGGUUUCUGGAGUUGUCCUCUUGCUGUGAGUUUUUUUUUAGGUGAAAUAUAUGAAUCAAUUAGUAUUGAUCGGCAUCUAUUAGUUGAGUGCGGUAUCAGUCUUUAUUUUUUGUAAUAAUUUGAGGUUCAUUACAGGUGGAGAAUCUUGAUACCCGCACCAAAAUACAGUUUGAGUGCCAACAUGUAUUUUUGUUUAGAUAUACAAUAAUAACAGAAGUCUGACGCUGAUUGUGGUGGGACUGGUGCCUUUCUGUGAAUUGCGCUCUCCUUUGUGUGGAUGUGCUCUCCUGGAAUGUGUUUCCUCUUUGCAAUUUUCCCCCUUUCAGAAAUUUUGACCUUAAAUCAGGCAAACAAAUUCUAAACCACAUGGGGCACUCUGGAGCACGGGGCUCCAUGAGCCGGACCACCCCGAUAUCCCAUUUAGAAUGUUUAGUUGGAAUUUUCACACUUUGCAAUUUGGGGUGUGAAAACCGCAGACCACAAGGGAAACAAGCGGUGCAUGCUUUCCCUGGGUGGCUGCCGGUUCGUAUCUCCGAACACCCACCAGGGGAACAUUCGCAUCCCGAACUGGCCUGCACACACUGACUUCCAUUCCCAUGUGUUGGGGAUCAUCCUAUCUGCUCCCAAUGGAGCUAUAAUCACUCUUUACACCUCAACCUGGGAGCUACUAGACUCUCUCAGGUGGAUACCAGCAUGGGGAUAUCCACGAGCCCCAAAGUUUACCCCCUGUAUGUAAUGUGUUGGCAUGUGUGUCCCUGUGUGCUAGUGGUAUCUCCAGAGCGGCAGAUGGUUAUCUGCAACCCAUCCCCUUCCUGCCUGGGGUUGUGUUGUGUUGGAUGGAGACCCUCUGAGGGGGUCAGUGCAUUAAAAGCUGUGUGCCCAAAUAAAGAUAAUCAAACGUUGUACCACUUGAACUGUGCGUCGUCCAGUUACUGGGGGGGAAGGGGAUGAUGGGUCUCUUAAUACACUAAAAGCGGGUGUAACCAGCCGGGUUACCCAGGGCCCGCUACACUGAUCAUUCAUAGUUUAAAGUGUUUAGGGGACCGAGAUCCCAUAACAAGAUUAUUUUAGAAACAGUUUUAGUUUUUUAUUCUAGUUGAUAAAGUUUUACUAUCACUAAAAUAAUUCAGUGUCCGAAGACCCAAAGGGCAUUGCAUAAAUAUUGUAAGAUAAAUGAGACCAUGACAAAAAUAAAAAUAAAAAUAAAAUACAUGUGUAUUGAGUGAAUAUGUAGAAAGAAAAAUAACAAGUAGGCAAUCUUACCAACAUGAAUGAUGUGAAGAAUGGCAGCACAACAUGUGGAUGUUGGAAUGAAUGGGUGUAUGGAGGAAUGAAUGGGUGUAUGGAAAACCAACAUUUUCCAGCUAUCCCUUUACUGCUUAUAUACACUUUCCUUUCUCCCAAAAUGGUUACGGUUGCUCUUGACUUGUUCCCUGACAUGAAGUAAUGUAUUGUAUAGCUGUAGUCAGAUUGUUUAGUUAGCACUAUCUGUUGUUCACUCCGAAAAAGGUUGAAAGGACGAGUGUAAAAGUGUCUUGUUUACCCUUUGAUUGACAUGCAACAUAAGGCUAUCUUCUAAAUUGAACCAUAAUCAUUCCAUUACUGAGUUAACCUUUUAAAAUAAAUGAUAUGUCUGCAAUAUAUGCUACCAUACAGCUCGAAUUUAUCCGUAUGCAUUAAAUAAUAACAAUGCAUAUUCAAACAUAACUCUAAUCCAACACAUUUAACUAUUAUUGGCUUUCAGAGUAUCCCUUUACAUUUAUCCAUUGCAGAAAGUAAUCUAGCCCUGCUACAGGCAGAAAUAAAUGGAUUUCUUUUUUGGAUACCCUGUUCCCCAGAGCUGUUAAUGAGGAAAUGGAUAGCAAUGUGUUAUAACAUUGUAGCUUCUCAAUGAGCAGUGCAGUAGCAUUGUUAACAAGUAAUAUAUUUUUUACAUCUCUAUAUGUUCUGUAUGUACAGGUUUGGUCCAUAUUAACACUCCUUCUGUUGCCAUACUAUACAUGUUUCACCCCCUUUUUAGGCUGAAGAAUUACUUGCACCUAUGCAGAAUAAUGUUAGUUAUACAAAGGUAUUUUGUUACUAUUUGUUCAAUGUAUUGUGAGUUAAAGUUUUAUUGUUUAACCUUUGAUUUGUAUCAGCAGCAUGCAUUUAUCUUUGUCUGUAUAUAGCAUAAAUCACUGGCCACUUUACUUGAAUUGCCCUUCAUCCUGAGUUUCUAGUCACACAGACUUUUUGCGAUCCUAUGAACUUUUCUCCACAUUAUUGAUUUUUUGAAAACUUUUUACCUGUUGCAUUUGUUCUCCGUUAUCAAUAGUGGGGCAUCACCUUUGAUAUAAAGUGUGGGAACUCACUUAAAAUCCAACCCCUUCCCCCCCAUCCACCUGCUCAUAUGCAUAUAUAUUUCCCAGAAAAUACUGUGCAACAUUCAGGCUAAGAUUACACUUACUUCUAACUAUAUGAAUUCAGCCCAAGCAGCACAGAGUGGAAGGGCUGUUUUGGACGAUUAUUCAUAACUUUGUUUAGUUGCAGUUGCAUUGUAAUCUGUUACAAACACAUUUGUUAAAAUUUUCUAAAAUGUAAAUUCUAUGUGGUGAUAAGUAUCAGCUGUGUUACGCGUUUCUAUCAUGUAUAUGAUACACGUAUCUGUGACCUCUGGAAAUAUAUUGGUAAUUUGCGGCCUCAAAUAUCCACUGAUUGUUAACAAUGGUUAACGGAGCAUACUUACUGACAACACUGGUGAGGUGAGCCUUAAAUUGAUAGCCUCUGGACACUCAAGCUGUUGUGGACCACCAAAUAUAAUCUUUGAAAAUUAGUGAAACAAAUAAAAUGAGGGCAUGAAAAAGAUGCCUUUCAUUCAUGACUAAUUAGAUUUAAUGUACAGUUGACCAGGAAAAAUAUGAAAUAAGGUGACAUUUAUGGCAUAUCACUGAUGACUUGGCACUCAUGGUGUUGUAUCAUAUAUAAUCAAUUUCCCUAGUGUACUCAGCUGGAGACUCAUGUGAACCCUAGUCCACAAGUGCUUAUGUACCAAAGGCUCUCCUGGCUUACAAGCAUGGGUAACAUACCAGGUGGAUUAUCUAUUCAAUUUAAAUUGUCAGGAAUUCAAAUUUAAGGCCACACCUGCGAAACUGAAAAUGCAGCUGAAUUGGAUAUUUUUUCCCCCCUAACACAGCUAGUGUAACUAAUAUUUUAAAGGAACACUGUAACAUUAGUAACACUAACAUGCAUUUCUAACACUAUAGUGUCCUAGAACCUAUUUAGGCUUCUCCUCUAAUUAAAUGCUUCUCCACGAUUAAAGUCAAUAGUCACAGAACUCCGUUUUGCACAUGGAAGAACCUACUAGAGGCUGUCAUGAGGAUAGCUAGUAGCAGUGAGUUCUCACCUGAUAUGAACAUUUUGUUGCACAUCCAAACAAGCAGAAGCAAAAGGACCGGGUCACUGCACCAAACCACUUCAUUGAGUUAAAGUGGUCUCGGUGCUGAUAGUGCCAUUGUAAAUGUGCUUUGAAGUUUAUUCACUAAACGCAAACAUGUAUUCAUGACACUAUAUUGUUUAACUAUUUAGAUUCAUAACCCCCCUUGCAUCCCAUGGCAAAGGUGUUUUAUUAUUGCAUCUGGCUUCACCUCCAAAGCUGAGAUAGUCAAAUUUGAUGAUCUCAGCCAACCCAAUGUUUUUUUUUUACCCCCCUCCCAUAGAUAAGCAGUGGGAGGCUAUUAUGCAUGUGCAGCAAAAUGCUGUGCUGUGUCAAUAGGCAUCUCCUCAUAGAGAUAAAUUGAAUCUUUGCAGAGCAUGGAGAUGCUGAAUGCUAGUGUGAGUGACAGCCACUAGAAGUGUUACUAGGAAGCAAUGUAAUUAUGCUCAUAUCACACCGACUGUGAAUUAUUAAUGCAUUUCAUAAUAUAAUUAACUAAUAACUCAAACUCAUAAAAGAGGCAUGGUGUAUAGCAGUAAUAGCUAACCUUGGCACUCCAAAUGCUUCUGGACUACCUUCCCUCCCCACCAUACUCAGCCAGCCUUUAGCUUGGCUGACGCUCAUGGAAAAUGUAUUCCAUGAACAUUGUGUGGGGUGAGAGGGUUGAGGUACCCGGGGUACGGGAAUCCUCUCAUAGACCUGGUCUCCAUGUUAAUCCCAGACCUCCCACUGUAAAGAGGCUACCACCAUCACCACCACACGGCCUCAGCCUGUAGCAAAAUAAACAGAUAAAAUAGCAAAAUAAAGCAGGGUUAUCGUCCGGGAUCCGGGCCUGGAAGUCGGCUCCCACCCUCAUCCCGACAUCUGUAAGAGAAAGGACAGAGCUCUAACCCGGGCCUGUCCAUUUUUUACACUUAUUUAAGAUACAGCUACACUUAUAAUUAUUUUAUUAUGUCUUUUCUUAAUAUUUAUGUAUGUGUUCAUGUUCUUUGAUUGUAUUGGCUGCUAAUCUAUGAUUUUUUUGGUGCCUAUUUUAAUUGCUCAGUUACCUAUAUAUACUCAGAGCAAGGAAAAGAACAAGACAGCGCUAAAUAACUUGUAAGCAGCAACCUUUAAAGGGAAUCCCUCAGACCCUUUUACAUUAGAUAAAAUAGAAACAAAUUAAAAAAAAGGCUGCGCACACAAAUAAAAUUAAAAAAUUAAAAAGUUAUUAUAUAAUAAAGUAAAGUCCAAUUACAAGGAAAAGUCCAACUGUAAUGUCCUUACAGAUAAUCUUUGCUGGUGACGUCUUCUACUUUGUAGUGAGUCCACUUAUAUGAAAAAUAAAAAGAAAGAGGAGGACAACCAAUAGUGUAGUAUGUAGAGUUCUAAUAUGGAUGUGAAGAAAUAAUAGUAUAAAACUCACAUUUAUCAGAGCUAAUGUCCUAGCUCUGGAAUAAGGCGCAUACGGCGGUUUAAUCCCCGCUUAUAGGAUAUAGAUGGGUUCCUCUCUGUGAUAGGUGUCCAAUUUCUCGAAAUAAAAGAAAACAGCCAAUAGUGCUCACUGUAUAGCAAUAUUGAUAAAAUAAUAAAAGAAUGUACUUACAAAACCAGAGCAGACCAACUGCUCCAUGGUGACAGCUUGGGUGGAUUGAUCCCCACCUAGGAUUUCUUUAAGUGCAGGAAACUUCCAGGGAUUUUCAGGGUUUUUUUAAAAAAAACCAAAUAAAAAUGAAAUAAUUAAAAAGCCAGGGUAAAAAGGGUAUUAUGUGUCUAUAAAAAAGAUUAUUGGCACAAACAAAUGACCAAAAAAUACUUUAAUAUAUUUACAAACACAAUAAUUUAAUUGUCUUUACUUUAUUAUAUAAUAACUUUUUAAUUUUUUAAUUUUAUUUGUGUGCGCAGCCUUUUUUUUAAUAUACUCAGAGCAGCCAUAUUCUAAUCUCUAACCCAUUUGAUAAAGCCCUAGUGGUGAAACGCGUUAUGGUUAUUUUGAUUGUGUAUUUUUUUAAAUAGAAGGCUUUUUGGUUACAAUUUUGUGCCAAUCAUCUUGUUAAUACACUUUUUUAUUUGGAAUUUUUAACCUGGCUUCCUUUUAUCUUUGUGUGACUCCAAGUAUCUCCGAGGUGGGGAUCAUACCACCAACGCUGACAUCACAGUGCAGUUUGCCUGCACUUCCUGUACUUUUCUAUUUAUGUUUACUGCAUAUUUUAUUCUACUGAGAGCACUAUUGGCUGUCUUUUAUAUAUCCCUCUCCAAAAGCGGGGAUUAUACAGUUGAACGCCCUUCACACCAGAGCUUGCUAUAACUCUUUUAAAUGUGAAUUGAUUACACAUAUUUGUUUAUUUUACCCAUAUUGGUUUUUAUAUACUGCACCAUUGGAUCUCCUUGUUUUUGUUUUGCAAAUAAACGGUUAGACCACUAGGGACAUUGAGGAUUCUACACCCAAAAACAGGCACCUUAUAAAGACACUGAGUGUGGCCUCAAUAUUAUUGGACUUUACCUUCCGUUACUCCAUCAGAACUUUAGUCCCACCAUAUCAGUGAGACCAACUACAUUAUAUUGCCCUACCUAUUCAGACGAACUAUUGUACCUUUUAACUAUUGGCGCAACCCUUUUCCUGUAUUUCUUUGUGUUACAGGUGAAAAUAUAGUGACUGUAUAUGAAUUCCCUCACGUGGUUCUGAGCCUAAACAGGACAGGCUCAGAUCACUUUAGCAGACGUAUAUUAAGAAACACGAAACCCUAGGAUGGUAGCUCCUGGAUUUUCCCUCUAGAAAUAAUGGAGACCAAUAUCUGAUGUAGUACUAAGGAGUAUGAAGAAAUAAAUAGAACUGCUCACUUUAAUAAGAGCCUAUAAACCUGGCUCUGAGUAUAACAACAUGUGUGUCAGUAAGGGGACACAAACCCUUCUUGUAAAUAGCUGGAAUCCUGGAUACUGAAGUCCACAGGAGAAGGUAUGAUAAAAUAAAAUUGAUUGUAGUAAAAAAACUUUCAAUAUGAAAACAACAGUUGUAUAAAGCUUCAGUCCUGUGGGUAGUCCCGAGACGCAUUACGCCCUGUCAGCUUUUUCAAUCGGUAUGGAUGUCCAGGUUCCCGCUUUCCUUUUAAAUGGUAAGUAGAGACCUCAUUGGUUAAUUGGUGCGUGUCUUCUCUAUGUUGAUCGCAGCUGUCAGAUUUGUCAGUUCCGGUUUUGUCACACGGAAGUGACGUAUCACUGUCAGGUAUACCUAACAUUCAUGCUGCCGCCGGAACCCACUUCCGGGUUCACGGCGCUUAGCUCCGCCCCUUUUUUCUGAUGCGGUCUUUCCACGAUACUUAGGAAGACCGCGCCAGAUUCAAAGUGCUGGAUUAUUCACUCAGGUGCGGCAGUGAGAUCAGCUGCUCUACUCGAUGCUACCGGCUCCACUUCUCAGACCUCGGCUUGUAAACGGAUUUCUACCUUCUCAUCUCUCAGACCUCGGCUUGUAAACGGAUUUCUACCUUCUCAUCUCUCAGACCUCGGCUUAUAAACGGAAUUCUACCUUCUCCUCUCCCAGACCUCGGCUUGUAAACGGAUUUCUACCUUCUCCUCUCUCAGACCUCGGCUUGGACAAACGGACUUCCUUUCUCUCACUACUAAACUGCAGUUUGUUAAAUGAGACUCCUUCCUCUUCCUCCAUUGGGUGAAUUAACCCUUCCAGUGCCAGAGUGCUUCUAAGUUAAGUAAAUCUUUUGUCAAGGAAAGCAAGUCAUAUCAAUUAAUUAUAGUAUUUAAUUUCUUUAAACUCUCUGUUGACAAAUAAGGAUUGCUGCUAAGGCUAAAACUUCAUUAUUAAAAUUCAAGUUGGAACUAACUUGGCAUUUUCCUGAUUAUUAUUUAAAGAUACAGUCCACUGAUUUCACUCCAAUAUAAUAGGAGGUGAAACUUACUGUUCCUGCCCUCAGAAAAUUCUGCAGUUGAGUUCCAAUUAAAGAGGUAUUACACAAAAGCAUCACAGAAUAAUCCAGCCAUUUCAAUGGAACCAGCAGAUAUUAACUCACAAGUUUCUGCCCUAACCAAUAGAGUGGAUACGAUUGCUCAAGGGUUACAGGAACUGCAAAUCACGAAUGAGAGAAUAUUAACCUAUGUUAGAGACAUGCAAGGCCAUCUUCCUCAUGCCGCUCUUCAAUCGGCUGGUGAUCCUGCUGUCUGUAAUCCAGAAAAAUUUUAUGGAGAUAGAACAAAGUACGGAGAGUUUUUGAAUUCUUGCAAACUUCUGAUAGCUUUAAAACCUAGAUCUUAUCUCACUGAAAGAUCAAAAGUUUGUUCAGUAAUUUCUUUUUUAAGAGGUGAACCUAUGGCAUGGGCUCAUUCCUUUUUAGAAAAUGAUGAUCCCAUAUUAGAUUCACUGGAUGAAUGUUUUGAAGCUAUGUCUUUAUUAUAUGAAGAUCCAUAUAAACAGGCUACUGCUGAUUUAAACAUCAGAACUCUCCACCAAAAGAACAGACCUGUUGAAGAUUACAUUGCCGAAUUUAAAAGAUGGGCUACAGAAACCCAAUGGAAUGACAUUACACUACGCAAUCAAUACCGUCUCGGAUUAUCAGAAGCUGUGAAAGAUGAACUCUCUCGUAUUGAACUUCCUCCCACCUUAAAUGCAUUGAUUCAACUUUCCAUUAGUAUUGACAGACGUCUAAGAGAAAGAAGGGCUGAAAAAGUUCUUACUACUUCUAACUGGAGAAAACAUUUUACUACUCCAAAAAUUCCUGAAAAAUCUCUUCCUCACAAUGAACCUAUGGAAGUUGGUAUAAUAAGAAGCCCUCUUACUUCGGAAGAAAGGAUAAGAAGGAGACAACUAAAUUUGUGCAUGUAUUGUGCUUCAAAAGAACAUCUAAUCCCAGAAUGUCCCCUACUAAUCCAUUCGAAAGCUGGUAAGCUUCAUUCAUCUACUUCUAUAUUGAAAGUUCUUCAAAAAAGGAAAACAUCUACUUAUUUUUCUAUAUCUCUCAUAUUACAGUGGGAUACAAAAAGAAUUGUGACUGAAGCCAUUAUUGAUUCUGGUGCUAAUGGAACCUUCCUUGAUUUUUCUUUUGUUGCAAAGAAUAAAAUUCCGUGUGUUCGAAAAACCAAUUUUAUUCCAAUCAGAGUUAUUGAUGGUUCAUUUAUAUCCUCAGGACCCAUAAAAGAUGAGACAAUUCCUCUAAGAAUGAUUACCAAUAACGUGCAUACAGAAUUCCUUACAUUUGAUGUUAUUAAAUCUCCACUUUAUCCCGUCAUUCUAGGAAUUAAUUGGUUAAAAACUCAUGAUCCUUUAAUUAAAUGGUCACCCUUUUCCAUUUCUUUUCCUUCUGACUUUUGCAAAAAAACCUGCUUCCAUCAUAUUCCUAUUCUCCAAACUACUCAGGAAUCAAUUAUACCUCCAUUCUACUCUGACUUUUCAGAUGUCUUUUGUAAAAAAGAAGCGGAAACACUUCCACCUCAUCGAGCAUAUGAUUGCCCAAUAGAUCUAAUACCUGGUGCUCCCAUUCCUUAUGGACACAUUUAUCCACUUUCUGAAAAGGAAUUGCAGACCUUAAAAGAAUAUCUUAAUGAAAAUUUACGUAAAGGAUUCAUCAGACCCUCGACUUCACCGGCUGCCUCUAGUAUAUUUUUUGUGAGGAAUAAGGACCAAACCAUCCGACCCAUUAUAGAUUACAGAGCCUUAAAUAAAAUAACCAUAAAAAAUCGUUAUCCUCUUCCACUAAUAAAUGAAUUAAUUGAAAGGUUAAGAACUGCAACUAUAUUCACUAAACUCGACCUCCGAGGCGCAUAUAACCUCAUUAGAAUAAAACAGGAUGAUGAAUGGAAGACCGCCUUCCGGACUAGAUAUGGUCUCUACGAAUAUCUAGUGAUGCCUUUUGGGCUUUGUAAUGCCCCUGCAACAUUCCAACAUUUUAUAAAUGAUAUCUUUAGAGAUCUUUUGGAUGUUUGUGUUAUUAUCUACUUAGCUGAUAUUCUAAUAUAUUCUAACAAUUUGGAUGAACAUAGGAAGCAUGUAAGAUGGGUUCUAUCUAGAUUGAGAACUCACAAAUUAUACGCUAAACCAGAGAAAUGUCUUUUUGAAGUUACUGAACUCUCCUUUCUUGGAUACAUUAUUUCACCUCAUUCUCUGAAAAUGGAUAACUCUAAAAUCGAAUGUAUUAUUAACUGGCCCGUUCCUACUACUACAAAAGAAUUGCAACGAUUUCUUGGAUUUGCAAACUUCUAUAGAAAAUUCAUUAGAAACUACUCAGAGGUAUCACAUCCACUUAACCACCUUAACAGUACUAAACGUCCUUUCAAAUGGAAUAAAGAUGCACAAGCUGCCUUCGACAGUUUAAAAAAAAGAUUUACAACUGCACCUAUUCUACAGCUACCUAAUCCAACAUUCUUGUAUGUCCUAGAAGUCGAUGCAUCAGAUUCAGCUAUCGGAGCAGUUCUUUCUCAGCAAAAGACUCCUCAAGAUCCACUUCAUCCAGUCGCAUUCUUUUCAAGAUCCUUGAGCUCUGCUGAAAAAAAUUAUCCUAUUGGUGAAAAGGAAUUAUUAAGUGUUAAAGCUGCCUUUGAAAAUUGGCGUCAUCUAUUAUAAGAUACAAAACAACCUAUCAUAGUCUAUACAGACCAUAAAAAUCUUGAAUAUCUUUAUACUAAUAAAACCCUUACGGCUAGACAAGUUAGAUGGAACCUAUUUUUUAACCGGUUUAACUUCCAAUUAAUAUACAGACCUGGAACUAGAAAUAAAAAGGCUUACGCUCUUUCUCGAAUUCCUUCUAAAACUUCUAUUGAUGUUUAUCCUCCUAACAAAAUAAUAGGGAUCCUCUCUUCUCUUCAGGAUGACUUAAGGAACUUGAAUCAAAAGGAUCUUGAACUUCACAAAACACCUAAUUUAACAAAAAAGGAUGGUAUAUUUUACUUUAAAAAUAGAAUUUAUAUUCCUCCCAUUCUUAGGAACAAAUUAGUCAAAAUGGUUCAUGAUUCACCCCUAGCUGGACAUCCUGGAAUAAAGAAAACUCUUGAACUAACUUCACGAUAUUAUUGGUGGCCUCGCCAAGAUAGAACCAUUGAAUUAUAUGUCAAAACUUGUCCUAUCUGUCAAAGGUCCAAAUCUGAACAUAAUCAACCUUUUGGAUUACUACUUAACUUACCUAUUCCAGAAAAACCUUGGCAAUCCAUUUCUAUGGAUUUUCUUGUUGACCUUCCUCCAUCCCGACAGUUCACCACUAUUCUUGUUGUUGUGGACCGCUUCACUAAAAUGUCCCAUUUCAUCUCUUUAAAAAAAUUACCCUCCUCCGUAGAAUUGUCCAAAGUCUUUAUUGAUAAUAUUGUAAAGCUUCAUGGUCUUCCAGAAGAAAUUAUUUCUGAUAGGGGGACACAAUUUACCUCCAAAUUCUGGAAAGAGAUGUGUCUCUCUCUUCAAAUUCAACGCAAACUCUCUUCUGCCUAUCAUCCCCAAACUAAUGGGCAAACAGAGAGAGUUAAUCAAUGUUUGGAACAAUAUCUCCGAUGUUAUUGUUCAUACCUGCAAGAUGACUGGACCACUUGGUUACCUAUGGCUGAAUUUUCUUACAAUAAUACCAUUCAUUCUAGUACGAAAAUGACUCCUUUUUUCUCCAACUAUGGUUUUCAUCCGUCCUCAUUUCCCAUCCCAUCUAAUUCUUCAUCCAAUCCCACGGUUACUUCAAAAAAUGAAUUUAUGUCUUCUCUAUUCCUUAAAUUACGGGAGAAUCUUCAACUCGCCCAAAACUACCAGAAAAAGUUUUUUGACCAUAAUAGAAGAAUUCCCCCUCCUUAUAAAGUGGGGGAUCUUGUCUGGCUCUCUUCAAAAAAUAUUACCACAAACCGUCCUUCAAAGAAAUUGAGCUCUCUUUUUCUUGGUCCUUUUCAAAUAACUACAAUCAUCAAUGAUAACGUUGUUAAAUUAAAACUUCCUCCAAGUUUUAAACUUCAUCCAGUAUUCCAUGUCUCUUUGCUUAAACCACACAUCCCUGAUCCUUUCCAUAGAGAAAUAGUAACAACUCCUGAACCUAUCAUCGUCCAAGGUGAAGAAGAAUAUGAAAUUCAUAAGAUUUUGGAUUCUCGUAUCCACCGUGGCUCUUUACAAUACCUUAUCAGAUGGAAAGGUUAUGGAGUUGAUGAAGAUACCUGGGAAGAUUCAUCUAAUGUUCAUGCAAAGAGAUUAGUUGAUGCUUUUCACAAACGCUACCCCUUUAAACCGAAAUAAGUGCACCCAGAGGAUGCCCCAUGAGAAGGGGGUACUGUCAGGUAUACCUAACAUUCAUGCUGCCGCCGGAACCCACUUCCGGGUUCACGGCGCUUAGCUCCGCCCCUUUUUUCUGACGCGGUCUUUCCACGAUACUUAGGAAGACCGCGCCAGAUUCAAAGUGCUGGAUUAUUCACUCAGGUGCGGCAGUGAGAUCAGCUGCUCUACUCGAUGCUACCGGCUCCACUUCUCAGACCUCGGCUUGUAAACGGAUUUCUACCUUCUCAUCUCUCAGACCUCGGCUUGUAAACGGAUUUCUAUCUUCUCAUCUCUCAGACCUCGGCUUAUAAACGGAAUUCUACCUUCUCCUCUCCCAGACCUCGGCUUGUAAACGGAUUUCUACCUUCUCCUCUCUCAGACCUCGGCUUGGACAAACGGACUUCCUUUCUCUCACUACUAAACUGCAGUUUGUUAAAAGAGACUCCUUCCUCUUCCUCCAUUGGGUGAAUUAACCCUUCCAGUGCCAGAGUGCUUCUAAGUUAAGUAAAUCUUUUGUCAAGGAAAGCAAGUCAUAUCAAUUAAUUAUAGUGUUUAAUUUCUUUAAACUCUCUGUUGACAAAUAAGGAUUGCUGCUAAGGCUAAAACUUCAUUAUUAAAAUUCAAGUUGGAACUAACUUGGCAUUUUCCUGAUUAUUAUUUAAAGAUACAGUCCACUGAUUUCACUCCAAUAUAAUAGGAGGUGAAACUUACUGUUCCUGCCCUCAGAAAAUUCUGCAGUUGAGUUCCAAUUAAAGAGGUAUUACACAAAAGCAUCACAAUCACUUUCUUUACCCUCGUAUGGGCGAGUCCGCAGUCGCCAUUUUGCUUAAUGGCAUAUAUACACAUAUAACAUCUCCUGUAGGAGGCAACAGCAGGGGAGUAAGGGUAGAUAAUGAAAAGAAGAGGUUACAUAUCGAUAAUAUAAUAUUUACAGAGGUAUUCCAGUAUCUUCCAGUUUAUACAAUAAAGUGACUGCCGUUAGUCAUACAACAUUUAACCCAUUAGGUGAAGUGGAAAGUGCCUAAAUUCAUAUUUUGAGUAAAAAGGUGAAUGAGUAGUGGUGUAUUAAAGGUAUAGUAAUCCUUGUUAUAGCUAGCAGAUUAAACCAAACGACAAGUAUAAAUAGAAAUGCUUAUUGCUUAUAGUAUUAUAAAGGGAGGCAUAUUAUAAUGAAAUUGCAGAGAAUAAUAAAAAUAAUAAAGUACUAUAAAAAAGUAGCAGAGUUCAAAAUCACUACUUAAUCCGUGACGUACCUCUUUUCCAUCUGACCUAUACGUUGUAUUAUUAUGCACUUUCAGGAAAUGUGAUGAGAGGCUGUGCUUCUAAAUUCCUAAUGUGUUCCUGUAUACGCACAUUUAGGGGGCGGAUAGUACGUCCAACAUAAAAAAGGCUACAUGGGCACAUAAUAACAUAUGUCACUUUUUUAGAGUGGCAUGUAAUUAAUUCUUUGAUUUUAAACAUCUGUUCUGGGUUUCUUGGAUGUUUAAAGGUUUCUACAUUUCUUUUUUUACUUAAGGUGUUUUUACAAGCUCUACAAGUUCCACAACCAAAAAAACUUUUGUUUCACUGAGGAAAUGCAAAUUUUCUUUUCCUUUUAUAUGAUUAUGUACCAAAGUCUGAUUCAAACUAGGAACUCCUCUGUAUACAACAGCCGGUUUUUCAGGGAGUAUGGAGAUUAAUACUUCGUUAUUUCUUAGGAUAGGCCAGUAUUUAUUUUGGAUUCUUUUGACCUGCCUAUUUUUGCAGUUAAAAAUCACAUAUGAACACUGGUUCAUCUCUAUUCCCAAUAUCAUGUUUCUCUUUAUAUUUUAUCAAAGAGUAUCUGUCUUCUAACUUAACCUGUUCCUAUGCCUCACUUAAUAAUUUAUCUUUAUACCCUUUUUCUUUAAAAUUCUGUAUAAUUAUUUUUGCUUGAUCUUGGAACAUUUGCUCAUCUGUACAGUUACGUUUAAUCCUAAACAGCUGUGCUCUAGGGGCAUUAAGGAGCCAAGGUGAAAAAUGCCAUCUAUUCUCUUGUAUGUAACUGUUAACGUCUACUAUUUUGAAGAACGUGUUGGUCUUUUGAUGUUCCAUUCUUUAUGUAUAUCUUCAGGUCUAAAAAGUUAACUUGGGAUUUACUAAAAUGGGUUGUAAGCUUUAUUCCCCAAUCAUUAGAAUUAAGAUUGGUUAGAAAUUAUUGAAGGGAUGCCCUACAGUAAAGGAAAAGAUUGUACAGCAAAUGCUGAUGCCAAUCAUUGAUUAUGGGGAUGUAGUAUAUGCGUCUGCAUCGCAAUCCCACAUUAAUAAACUCAACACAUUGUAUAACUCGUUCUGCAGAUUUGUGCUACAAUGUAAUUACAGGACCCAUCAUUGUGACAUGCUAAAGGAACUAAACUGGCUGUCGCUGGAAUCCAGACGCACCCUUCAUCUUUCCAGCCUUGUUUUUAAGAGCUUUUCUGGUAAACUCACACCCUACCUGAACAAAAUGCUUUCCCCAGCUGUUCCCACUUUCUAUAACCUCCGAUCCAGUACAAGCACUUUACUUAGUCUACCUCAAUACAAAAAGAAAGCGGCCCAAUCCUCCUUCUCCUACAGAGCGCCGCAAUUGUGGAACGACCUCCCGCACAAUUUAAAAUCUUCCCUAAGCCUAAAGUCUUUUAAGAGAUCCCUCUCUACAUACCUCAAAACAGAAUGCACGUGUCAUGGUUGAUUAUAUAUUUCCUGCCUGUUCUAUGUUAAAUUUUGUAUAUAUUGUGUAUUAAUAUUGUUUUUGUAUUUUGUUGUACCUAAUGUAACAAUGCAAUGAUUUGUGGACCCAGGACAUACUUGAAAACGAGAGAAAUCUCAAUGUAUCUUUCCUGGUAAAAUAUUUUAUAAAUAAAUAAAUAAAAAAAUAAAUGAAGAGCAGGUCGUCGAUAUAUCUGCGAUAGGUCACAAGGUUUGCCUCCCAUCUGUUAUCUCUAUAAAUAAACUCUUGUUCCCAAUGGGACAUGAAGAGGUUGGCGUAGCCAGGGGCACACCUCAUUCCCAUCAUAAUACCGCAUACCUGGAGAUAAAAGUUAUCACCAAACUAGAAAUAGUUAUGGCAGAGUAUCCAGUCCAGUGAGGAAUCUAAACCAAAAAAGUUUUUUAAAGAAAAAUUUUAUUGCACCAGAUUGAGGAAGCCGUUCCGGCAAAACGCGUCUCUGGGACUAUUUGAAUUAUUGUUGAUAUUGUAUAUAUUAAGUUUAAAUAAGUAAGGUUUAUACUUUUAUUAACUUAUUUUUUAUACUAACCAUCAGUGUUCCUGCAUUUUAAAGAGGGUGAUAUGGUCCCUAACCAUACUCUGCUGUUCCACAGAGCAAGCUAUAGGCUCCAGGCUUGUGAGUAUUUUACUUACUUAUAUGUUGGAAUAUGGAAUAAAUAGUCUUACACUAUCCACAUAUCGCUUUCCUUGAUAUACUGCACACAACUGCCUCACAUAAAGACAUUUUCAAACUACUCUUCAUAAGCAAUAAGAAAAAAAAGGGGAAGGUCGCUUAAAUGGACCUACUGGUAAAAAACUCCCAGAGCUAGGUUAUAGCUCUGGAACAUGUGAGUGCCCCAUUUUGUAUGUAUAUUAUACUUGUGUACAAAAGGGUACUGCGCUAUUUUUGUAUUUUUUAUCCAUCUUAAAGGUACACACGUCAUUGGAUUGUUAAGGAAACACAAACAAAUGAUACAUUAAUAUUCCUUGUUUGCACAAGGUGCAUUAUUUACUCAUAUUCACAAAUUUAAGCGUUUCACUGUAUCUGGUAUAAAAAAAAAAGAGAUUUAUUUUUUUCUGCACAGUCAAUUACUACAACACUUGCACUUAAUAAAUGCUCAUAUACAUUAUUUGUUUUUUCAGACUAUAGUUGUUACCUAAAAGUGCAUGAUCUCACUGUUGAUAACUGUUUUACAUGGAUGUUCUCCCUGAUUUGUGUUUUUAGAUCAGCUAUGGAGCUACACAUCCCAAUUUAGCCAACAAAAAUCUAUAUCCAUCUUUCUUCCGAACCCUUCACAAUGACCAUAUUCAUAUUAAAGCAGUUGUAAAAUUACUCAAGCAUUUUGGCUGGACCUGGAUUGGAAUGAUUAUGUCUGAUGAUAUUUAUGGAGAAAUUCAGAGCCAGGAAUUAAAACAAAUGGCUGCUUUAAAUGGAAUAUGCAUUGAGUUCUCUCUAAAAACAACUCCUGAUGAAGAGUUUGAUCAACUUAAACUUGUAAAAACUUACAGAAAUAUUCUUAAAAGCUCAACAUCUAAAAUUGUUGUGAUUUGUGGUUUCAUUUCUUUUCUUUCAAUGAAUAAAUUGGAAUAUGAAUCUAUUCAUAAUAAGACUGUUAUCAUCCCAGUCAGUAGACAUAUUUUCUAUGAUAUGAAAAGUAUUGCUACUAUAAAUCUUUACAAUGGCAGCCUGACAUUCAUACAGUCAUUCAAGAACAUCCCGAGAUUACAGAAAUAUUUAGAGAAAGUCAGUGUUUCACGUCAUCCAAAUGACCUGUUACUAGAGGAAAUUAAAGCAACACAUUUAAAAUGUUUAUCCUCAAAUCACAAAAUGAAUGAUAAAUAUUACCGUUAUUAUGGUUUUCACCUACAUAACUGCAGCAGGGACGAUCUUCUUUCAGAAUUAUUUUCUCAAAUUAUAUAUAAUACACAUAGUUUUAGGACUACUUACCAUAUGUAUAAAGCUGUCUAUGCCAUGACCCAGGCUCUGCAUGAAAGGAAUUUAUAUAUAUCUUCUCUGAACGUGGAUAAAACACAAACCUUUAAACAAAAUCUACAGGUAAAUAUUCAAUAUUUCCAAUGAAAACAAGUAUUUUCCCAAUGUGUAGUGGCAGUACUAGAAACAAAUGGGUAGUCUCUUCCCCAUGUGGACAAGAAGCUCUAUAAAAUUAAAUAAUUAAGUCCCAUUCCUGCCAGUACAAUAACCUGCUUCUCCCGGGACAAGAAUACUCCCCAGUUUUUCCUGCCCCAGGAAGGACAAGUCACUCUUAUAGGACAUGGCUGAUGCAGGAACCAGAAUAAGAAUUUUUGGUGAGGCACAUGGGAUGCUGCUGGGGAGAAAUCUGGGACAGAACUUCCAUACUGAAGUGUUAUGGAGAGCAGAUAGGAAGCAUUUUUAUGUGUAGAAAGGAAGUAGGAGGUCCUCUAAUCACAAUGCAGGACAGAUUUAUGCACACAGCAGUGGAACACAUGCCCAAGAGGUGUUGUGUUUCACUGAAGUAUCGACUGUGGUACUGCGCAUGAUCAGAUCUUAAUUUUGUAAGUUAUUUAAGAUACAGUAAAGAAGGACAGCAAGACUGUUAAAAUUCAAGAGAGACAUGUAAAGAAACGAAAAAGGCAAAGAUCUUCUUCAUUAUCAGAACUCUCUUCAUGCGAAUGUUCUUCUUCAUCCAUGUACUGAGCUCCAUGAGAGGUUUAAAGAAUCAUAUGGAUAAAUAUGCUGAAACAUCAGGCCGGCAGAGUUUUCAAGCUGCAGGUUAUCAGUAUAAAGAAGUAAUUUCUGGUUCAUCAGUACUUAAAGCUGGUUGCAAACUUUAGAAGAUCUUCUGAUGGGUAAAUCAUAUAAAGACCCAGUACAGUUGCUGUAGCUUUUAAGAAUAUCCAAUAAAUUCCUAACAGACAUGUUGGGUGAAAGGUAAAGUUAUCAGCACAUAUCACGGGAUUGUCCUCAGUAGCCAGGAGAGCAUUAUGGCUCAGAACAUGAUUGGCAGAUUCAUCAUCAAACUCGACAUUAUUCAAACUUUAAUUUGAGAGAAACAAGCUGUUUGCUUCACCACUGUAAGAAAUCAUUAAACAAAUGUCCAAAAUCAAAAAAGCCCUUCCACAGGACUCUAAUUAUUCUGGUGGACAAUUUAAUAUAAGGUUUUAGUUCCUCGGAUAAAGAUCCUUUUGUUACCAAGAGAAAUUUAGAACAUUUUGCAGACAAACAAGAAACAACAAGUUCAGGGAUACUAAUGAUUAGGAUAAGAAAAGAAGAUAUUGACAUCAAAUGUGUGGGAGGUCAUCUCCAAUAUUUUGUGAAAAAAAGAAAACAAUGUCAAACAAAUGGUUUCUGCAAACUAUUUCCAAAAGGUUACAAAUUCUCAGCUCAACCAAAUCUGAAUAUUUUGCUUUCCACUUACCACUUUUUAUGGGAAAAUGGAAUUUCUUCUCGCUGAAUCACUGCUGCUUUUAAGAAAAGGAGUUAUAGAGAAGGUACCCAAAAGUCAAGAAUUCCAGUGGGUUUAUUCACACCUUUUGUUUCGUCCAGGCCAGACUUAAAAAGAGUAAACAAGUGUACACCCUAUAAGAGAUUUUGGCUGGAAAACAUUCUUUCAGUUACUCACAUCCUGCAAGAAGAAGAAUACAUGAAUAAAAUGUAUCCAGGCACUCAGGGUCUUUUUAAAAUAGCGCUUGUAUUGGAGCGUUGAUCUCUCAUAACGGAGAAGAUCAGAUUAGACAAAGCGAGAAUGCUGUCAAUUGUACUUCACUGGUUAAACAGGAGCUAGUUUUCAAAAAAAGAGCAGUUGGUGAUAACACAUUGGGUACUUCCAAAUUCAGACAACAUCCUAGAGAACACUGUUCUUCCAAUGGAAAUAUUAAAGAUGUUCAGGUUAAUGACUUGACUGCUGCAAGACUAAUACUUAAAGAGCAAGGGCUAUCUGGUAGGAUGUCUGAAGUUCGACUGGCUUCUACCCACACUGCUACUAUUAAGAUUUAUCAUAGAAUAUGUCAUCAAAGCAAUUCUGCAAUGGAGUAUACAGAAAGAUUGUGUCUUGGAUAAUCCUUCCAUCCCUAACAUUCUUUUAUUUUUGCAGAAUGGUUUCCAGACAAGGUCCAAAUCUCAGCUUUGAGUAAUUUCCUUGUUUGUGAAUUGUCAUCAAACAUCCACAUUCACAAAUGUUUUAAUCUAUUUUACUUAAACACCCUUGUUACAAAAGGCCUUUUGUAACUUUUAUUUUAUGUGACAAAUUGUCCUGCUUCCAUUUGUUAUGGAGAAGCCUAAUUGCCAGCCUUCUGCCCCAUGACUAUGGACCUAGUGUGUAGGGCGAUUUGACUGUGUUUGUGGGAUCUGAGCGCUGUUCAGAUAUAUUGAGUGCUCAGAUCCAAGCUAUCUGGGGAUAGGGGUUCUGUUCAGUAUGAUAGGAGUUAUGUAUUUCUGUGUAUUUUUGCUGUUGUUGUGAAUAGAGAUAUUUUCUGUACCUGGAGAUAGUUGGCUUACCACACCCAGUUAAACCAAUUAUCUCCAGGGUAGAGGAGAAGAUAGACCGGCUGUACAGCCUAACUCUGUGGAACUGAAUUGGGCUGGAAAGCCAUGCUUGCAGUCGGUCACAAAGGACUUCCAUAUAACUUUUGAACCACUGGACCAAUUUGUAUGAUUUUGACAUAUGUUUGUAUACUGCAUAUGCUGGCUGUGAAUGUGAUGUAUACUUUUAAAGUUAUGAAUAUUGUGCAAAACGGUGUAUUUUCCUGCCUGUUAUAAUUAUGUUAGCCCAUUGUGUUCAGUAAUUAUAUCACAGGCAGAGGGGAGGAUUUUACUGUAAUGACUGGGAGUGUCAGACAUUGUUGUAUUGUUUUGAUUGGUUUGUGUCCUUUGUGUGCCUGUGUUCCAACAGGUCCAGGGGGUGUGCUCUGGCCUGAGAAAUUUUAUAAAUUGUGAGUGCUUGCUUCCAUUAAACAGAACUACUUGACCCUCUAACUCGCCGCCUAACUCGUAUUUGUAGGAGACAGCUAUAAUCACUACAGGGAUUGCUAUGCUAUGCUUUGCAUACUCCCUUAGCUACUGAGCUCCUUUAAGAGCUCUUGUUCCUGAUCCUGCUUCACUCUACAGAAUGAAGAGGUUCACCUACUGGAACCUGGAACCUGAUCAUAGGUCCAGGGUUGAUAGCAGAUGGCGAGAUCCCAGCCCAGCAGCGGCGGUUCGUGGAGUCUGCAGUAAUUAUGGUGUCUGCGGUGCUGAUGGUACUUUGGUGAGUGCUAGGAGCAUCCUUUCUACGGUCCAACUUCCUGCCAGCCUGGAGGCAACCCUCCAAAGCUUUAAUCUUUCCCAACUUGGGAUCUGUUGGUCGUUCUUCGGACUUUGACAAAGGUUCAGAAGGCUGAUAUAGCAUGUGUUCCAGAGACCUACUUCAAAGAUAAUAAUAAUUUCAUGAACAUUAUGGUUAAAAAUGUCCAUGGAGUGUUUUACUUUUUUAAUAGAAAUGCUGCUUCUAUUACUUCAAAUAUAUUGAUUGAAGAAAUUGACAGAUUGACUAUUUGCGUUGGAAAUGUUAAUAAUGUGACAAAUACUGUUGUUAAUAUUUAAUUUCCAAACAAUGGACAACUGAAUUUUUUUAAAAGGUUAUGAGGUGAAAUACUUAAAAAUAUAAUUUGCGAUGAAACAAAUUUUGUUUUUGACCAAGAUUUAGACAUCAUCAGAGAGGGAUCCAACUUAGCAGAGGGUUAUUCUAUAGACAGAUUGGCCAAGUUAUGCACUGACUUCUUAUAUGAUAAUGGAUUAUAUGAUGUGUGGAGGAUAUUGCUUUUUGCUGGAUGAAAUAACAUUGUCUUCUGUAGUUAAAGCUGAAAUCUUGGAUUUCACCUGGAUAUGACCUGAUCAGACCACGCCCCCAUUGUCCUUCAUCUAUCUGAGUCUCUCGUGUCAAAUUCAGAUUGUGCCUGGAAAUUGAGUGAUUACCUGGUACUGGGUGAGGAGAACAAACUACUAGCUAACAAUAUUGUAAAGAAAAUGAAACCCCCUGGAUUUCUAGUGCAGUGAUAUGGAAAAAGAACAAUAAGUGAGUAGAGCCAGAUUAGAUACACAAUAGAAGUGGGGGGUAACCCCUAAUAGAAAAUGAAAAAUACAAGAAGAGGAAUGUAUCUAAUACAUGAUGCGAGAUAUAUGCAUCAAGAGAAGGGGUUCAAAAUAGCCAACAAAAGGCCUACUAUAUAGGCCAGACAGAACCACUAAAAUGAAAGAACAAAAAAUAAUAAAGAUUUAUUAAACACUACAAAAAUGUAACCCAAAUAUGUGCUACCAUAUAAACACCAAAAAGUUAAAAAUAUAAAUAUAAAUACAGGUCGUAUGAAAAUAAUAAAAACAAAAUAUAAUUGCAGAUCAAAAUAUGAGAAACUAUUACUAUCGGUAGUAGCUGGUAAUAAGUCAGGUUAGAAGAGCAGAAUGCCGAUCUAAUGGAUCAAUAAUCAGUGGUGUAGUCUGGUACUAUGGAGACCAAAACUAAGCUUGUAGAUUAAUAUAGGUCAUAUCAGCCAGUGAAUGUGACAUAAUCUAGAAAGCUGUUUCUGUCCAUAGUGGCUAAUAAUAUGCCAUAUAUUCAAACACCCUGGUGGUUCGACGAUAGAUUAUAAAGUCUAUUGCUUGAAAUAUCAGAAAAUGCUAUUGGACUAUAUAGGUCCUUUAAAUAUCUGAGAAGAAGUCAUAAAUAUCAGUAAGAGAAAAAUGAGAUCAUUAGAUGAACGUUGAGCUGAUAUUAAAACCAGUAUUGAAGUGGCUGAAGUGGUGAUCUCAAUAAAAGGAUACCACUAAUUAGCUAGAUAUAAGGGGUAUAUGUAGAACGGCAACAGCCAGAAAUCGCUGCACCGACAGUAAAGCAUACAUGAGAAUAACUAGGAGGGAGAGAGUAGAACAAAGACACAUGUAUAGGUCAAGUAGCAAUAACCAGUGCUACAAAGUAUCAUAUACCAAGAAUAUCCAAUGAUACAAAGAAUAGUUCACGAUAUGAGAAAGGGUAACAUCCUCUAUAUAAAUAUGUGUCCCGUGCCUUCAAGGGCACCUAGCUCCAACCCCCCAGAGAUCUAUUAGUCAAGAUAGAGCUAUAAAAAAUUAUAUGAUCUGCAAAAAUAGAAAUAAAUGCUAUAUAUGUUUAAAUAGAAAUAUAGAGUAAAAACAGCGCGGUCGCUAGUCUGUGUGCUGUAAUGAGGAUCCAAGGAGUGCAGCACACCACAAUCCUCUAUGAAUCAUAAUAAAUAAUUAGUUUAUAUGGCUAUCCCAUGGAACAUAUACUAAUUAGAAUUAGACAUAGGUCACUAAUAAUGGCUAUGGAAAAUAUGUUAAUAUGCAGAGAGACUAUUAAUGGUUCGUUAUUAAUGUAUGAAGGGGGUAAAAUUAAACUCCUCAUUGAGCCCGUCUGGCGACAAUGUCUUUAAAAUAUAUAUCCAUCUGGACUCUUUCAUGAGAAGUAUUUUAUUAAAGUUACCCUUACUUGUGUUUAAGGUAAGUUUCUCCAAGGCCUGGAAAGUUAAUUUUGUGGGGUCUGCCUCAUGAUAGUUGCGGACAUGAUUAGCUAUUGGGGUCGAGAUGUUCAAGUUGGUAAUUGAACAGACAUGUUGAAGUAUCCUCCGUUUAAAUUGCUGGUAGGUCUUUCCUACAUAUUGUAUACCGCAGCUACAGGUGAUUAAAUAUAUCACCCGUGUUGAGCUGCAGUUAAUGAAUUCUUUAACCGUAUAUUCAUUUUUAGUUCUAAAGCUUCUGACAGUUUUUGUUGGUUUAAUAUACUGACAGGCUUUACAAUGCCCACAUCGAAAUACUCCAGUAGUUUGUUUUAACCAGGUGGAUUGUAAUAACUUGACAGGUUCUGUAUGACUGUGGACAAGAAUGUCUUUCAAAUUUCUUGCUCUGCGAGCAGUCAUCUGGGGAAAUUUUUCAAUACUGUCACUUAGAUCCAUAUCAUGUUGUAAAAUGGGCCAAUUCCGAGAGAUAAUUUUGCGUAUCUUAUCCCAAUAGGGAUCAUAGGUGCCAAUGCACCGAGUUGUCUUUGUUUCAGUCCUAGAUCUAGUGUUUCUCAGGCUAUCACUCCUGUUGGUCGAGAGAGCUCGUUGAUAGGCUCGUUUAAGAACCCUAUUAGGAUAGCCCUUCUUUUUAAACAUUAGUCUCAGUUUCUUUGCUUCCAAUUGGAAGGUUGAUUCGUUAGAGCAAUUUCGUCUCGCACGGAGAUAUUGGCCAUACGGUAUCCCAGAUUUUAAUUUCAUUGGAUGAUAACUUGUCCAGUUUAAUAAGCUGUUCGUUGCUGUAUCUUUUCUGAAAAGUGUGGUUUCAAUUUUACCAUCCUCCUGUAUCUGGAGCCUACAAGGCUGUGUGAAGAGGCCAUUUUAAUCCAGAGGGUGUCUCACUUGAAGAAGCUUGUAGCAGUUACCCCUGUGAGUAGAAGGGUUUCUACCACUGAAGGGUGUCCUUCUCCUGAUGAGUGAGGGGUAUUCUCAGCAUCCAGUAGUCAUCCAGGUGAAGAAGCUCUUAAAAGAGCUAGUGUGAUAGCUGUAUAGCUGUUUCCCCCAAUAAGAGACGAGACUCUAGAUUGAGGGUGAAGUAGAACUGAUUUACUGAGCACAAAAGCCUUUCUUUUAUACACAUUUCCCAACAAGGUUACCACCCACGUGGACCUUGUUGGGCACUGAAAGUACAAACUUUACAACCAAUCAUGUACAGGCACAAAGAUAAACACUCCCGCUUAUUACAGUAAAUUCCUCCCCUCUGCUUGGGAGAUAAUUGAGUUAAUUACUGUAUCAACUCCAUUAUCUCCAAGCAAAAAAAUAUACUUUUUAUACACUUUUUAUAACAUCAUGAUUAUACAUCCAAUAUUAAUAAAACUUAUAUUUUUAGAAGCGGCAUAACUAGGGGACAAACAUAUUCAAAAAUCACCUGAAUCAGUUCAGGGGUUCGGUAGACAGGAGAAAGUCUCUUUUGACCGACCGCAUGCAUGUUUUCCUACCCAAAACAGUUCCACAGAUUCAGGCUGUGCGGUCUAGCUUCUCUUUCACAUAAAGUACAAAUUGCAUGAACAGAUCGGGUUGUACUUACUGUCAUUAGAUGCGGCUUGGUCGAGAGUUUAUUCCCUAGAAAUAGUGUACUGUUCGUAUGAAUUUAGCCGAAUGCACGGAAGGUAGAAGUUUCAGAGGUGUUCAAAAUGAGCAUUAUACCGAAAGUCCUUUAUUGUCUAAGAACCAUUCCCCUGGCCAUUCCGAUAUCCUUCUUUAAGUUAAUAAAAUUAACGUUGAUCAAAUUUAUUUGGGGGUAACAGAAUGAGUAGGAUAACAUUUUCAGUACUAAAACCCUAAAAGUUAUGGUGGCAAGGUGUUAUGGAAAUGAAAUAGGACUACUAUUUUAACACAAUAUUUGUGCUUUUACGCUCAUAAUUCUCAAAGUUAAAAAUUCCCCGUUUAACAGAUAUUCGCUGCAUAAAUGCCAUUUUUAAGCACUGAAACAGUUAGUUAAAAAAACAGUUUAACCAGUUCAGAGUCAAGAGGCAGGUUGAUGGGUAGGGAAUAGGCUGGAAGGAGGGACAUGUUACUAUGGUUAUUGUGAAACUGUUUUGUGGAUGUUUGACAGUUAGUUUUUGGAGUUUGUUGGGGAUAGCAGCGAUGUAGCAGUACAGGGGCACAUGCAGCCUUACUAUUUUUUUCUAAGGCUGCAAGUACGUGCUCUAUGCCCAUAUUUUUUAUCCUGGGACUUGAAGCUUCAUCUAUCCAGAGCAGCAGAAACCUUGAUCUCCAUUUCAUGUAAGAUCCUGAGACGUUAAGUAUAAAACUGUAUAAUUUUGUUAUAGCUUUUAUACUUGUGUUUAGAUUAAAUCUCUUGAAUAGACUUUGAUAUGUUUUAACUGCAAUCGUGGGAAAUAUACGAUAAGUAUUGCAAAGGAUAAUUGGCUAGUAUUGCAAGUGUUUAGCUAGAACAUGUUUAUUAAUAUUUGUAAUAUUUUCUUUAACAUCUUUUUAUUAAACUUUAUCAUUUGCUGCACUGUGAGUGAUUGUUAUUUGGUCUUUAUGUUAGGAUAUAACUCUGCCGAAAUACCUUAUGCAGCUAAUGAUUUAAAAUUAUAGCUGUACAAAAUAAAAGGGUUGCUUUUGAAUACUUGUAAAUAUAUAUGGGCUUCCAUUAACUAUAUUGUCAGUGUAACUAGGUGAUGUCUAUUGUGAGUUUACACCAGGACACAUGACUGGUGGCCAUCUUGAUGCUCUUUAAAGCACAGAGUCGCCAGUCAUCUUGGUUCUCCUAAAAGUUUAACAGAGUAAUUUUUGUGAAACCUUUUAAAUUGUGCAAAAUAAUUCAUCCAAAAACCACGAACCACAAAACAUGGGAAUGCCAGACUUCCUUAAAUAUUAUCAUGCCUACAAUGCUGCUGCAGCACUAAAAUUCAAUAUGUUGUCUCACCAUCCAAAAUGGUUAGAAAUAGAGAGGACUAAAUUGGGUAAAAUUAAAAUUAAAUUAGGGAAACAGUUUGGUUCCACCUUCUAAAAGACCCAAGCAGGCUGAGAUGUUCCCUACCACAAAGCUUGGGAUAUUGUAUUUGAAGUGGUUGGACUCUUCUCUGGCUGGUGCCAUGCAAUGCCAUUUUCCCUUUUUAUAACAUGAUAUUUCCCAAAUCAGUUUGGAACAUUGGCAUCAACAUCAAAUUCUAAAUUGAGAUGCUUUCUUUGAAAAACUAGAAGACAAAUUUGGCCUUAUUAAUGAUUUACAAUUGGAAUAUAACUUGAUUAUAGCUAUAUUAAAAGACAAAUUAUCAAUUCAAAAUUUAGACCAAAACUAUAAAAUAAUUUGCAUCAUGCAACCUAGAAUUUUUUUUAUCUAUAUAACCCUGAAAGAAAAGGAACGAUUUCCCAGUGCUAUAUUUUUCCAGUGACUAAACUUCUCCAUAUGCCGGCCUCGGAAAAGGACUUGGGAUCUCCAUAUGAGCUAGAGGAAUGGCUUAGCUUUGUUCUCGCUCUAAAGGGGAAUAGCUCAAUGCUACUAUUACUGGGAGAACCUCCUCAAAUUAGUUUACAGACAAUAUUUGCCCCCUACAUGACAUUAAUUUGAACUUAUCUUGUAAGCGCUGGAUAAAUUGUGGCCUAUCUAGUACUCUAUCACAUUUUGGUUCUGCCCAUGUUUAACAACUUGCUAGAAAGAAAUGAAUUGAUUUAAAUGGUGAAUUCUGCUAUCACUGUGCCUACCCCUGAGAUGGCUUUAUUUAAGAGUUUUUCAGACACCACUGCAAAGAUAGACAAGAUCAUUAUUGGGCACAUACUAAUUGCAGUAACUAUUGCUAUUCCAAGUCACUUGGGAUCACCAGACAUUCCAUAGGGAAGUCUUAUCUAAUAACUAAAAAAUAAGUGUGCUAGAAUAAUUUUAUAUAAAGUGCAAAUUUCCUCACAACAUCAAUAAAGUGAAAAUAGUGCAAAAACCUCAUUCCGCUCUUUAAAAAGUGCAAUGUGCAUAUAUAUUCAAAGUGCUUGAUGCAAAAAAAAUAAAAAAUAUAUUUUAAAGUGAUUUGUGCACACAAAAAAAUUCAAUAGAGUACACUUACUUUAAUCACAUAUUUGAAGUGACUCUCAGUUGCAAAAUGGUAAUACAUAGAAGAGAAUAAAAUACAAAAACCAUGUAUAGUGAAAUGCACCAGUGGAAACUGCUCUCUGUGCCAGGGAUAAUGGAGCAAGUGUACAACUUUAAUGAUACCAUCGUAUUGGAGAAGAUUGGUUUGUGAAUUUUUAAAUUACUUUCAAAGAUGUAAGGGUCAAAAGCACUACCAACACUAUAAGUAUGAAUGUGUUUGCUGACACAACUUACUUAUUGAUUUAUAGAACUGAAUAACAAUUUAUUGUUACCUAAAAAUCAAGACAAUGAUUGCAGGAAAAACAUCAAUUUCUCCCAGAUACCAAGGAAAAAUAACGAAUAUUAAUUUUAUUAUCAGGGUCUGCUUGCUAUCAUUGUUCUGAUGUUAAGAAAGAAUAUCUUAACGUAGAGAGCACUAAAAUACAGUUAGUUUGUGCUAUUCUGGAUUAGGCAAUCUCUGGCCUUUGCCCAUAACCCUGAAUGAACUUGGUCUCAUCACCAACACAAUUUUAACUAAACAAAGUCCAAAAUACUUGUAUUUUCAACAGACUAGUUAUAGUACUAUAUAUUACCAUAAAUAACAGACAGCAUUUGACUUGCAAGUUGGGUGUUUGCUAAAUUUUUUAAAUCAUUCCUUAAACUCCUAUUUCUGGGUUUCGGCGUUCCAAAGGGAAAAUUAAAGAUUUCUGUAAUUGUAGAAUUCAUUUUUUUGUUUUAUGUUUUUUGUCAUAUUUUGUUAUUUUUUUAUUGAAAUAAUGACACUUUGAAAAGAAUGCCAACACAUAAAAAGAUUAACAUUUGAUUAUUUCAGUACUUUUUAAGAAGACUACAUUUUAAAGAUCCCACCGGGGAGGAUGUAUAUUUCGAUGAGAAUGGAGAGAUGCCAACAGUGUAUGACAUUGAAAACUGUAUCAUAUUACCCAAUGGGCAAAUAAUGACAAAUAGUGUUGGGAAGUUAAAUGUAUCUGCUCCAAAUGGACAACAACUUAUCAUCAAUGAGACGCUCAUAACAUGGAAAAAUAGUGCUACUGAGGUCAGAAUAUAAGAUGAUAUUCAUGCAAAUAAGAAAAAAAUAUAUAUCUUCUUUGUAAAUACUUUGGUAUUAUUUAUUUAAAAAAAUACUAACUGAAAAAGCUCAAUCAUUGACAGAUUAAAAGUAGAAAUAGUAACUGAUAUAAUAAAUAUGUAAUUAAACAUAAAAAAUAGCUAUGCAAUAUUUUAUGUAAGACACAUAAUUGAUAUUAAAUAGGGAAAGAAGUGUCUAUCUACCUAUCUAUCUAUCUAUCUAUCUAUCUAAAUCUGUCACCUACCUCUCCAUGUACAGAUAUGUCACAACUUUAAACCCACUGACAGGUGAAGUGAAUAACAUUGAUUUUAUUGUUACAAUGGCACCUGGAACUAAUACAAAGAAUGAUAAUAUUCAUAUUACAAAGAUAAAACCCUACACCACAUCAGAUAUUUUAAUGUUCAUUAAAUAUUUUUCAGUUUGCAUACAUAACAAACAACAUGGUGAAUCAAUAGCAAACCAUAACUGCUGUCUUAAAUAUGCAAUAUUUGAAAAAGAAAAAUGCUUACACAGGAAUCCCCAUAUGCAUUAAGGGUUCUGAUAAGGUCAUCUAGUGAGGGUAAAAAGGGGGUAACUCUACAUUGAGCAUCAAAUACUCCAGACAAAAGAAAACAAAAUUCUUCCUCUAAGGAAAGUAAAAGUUUGAACACUCACCAAUAAAACUUACAUAAACAGCUAUGAGAUAGCUUCUAGUUUUAAGUGGUAUUCGACUAUCAUUCAUGUUUAAUCAAUGAGCUAAUCAAGUUUAUGGAAGUUUUAUUUGUGAGGGUUUAUAACUUCUGUUUUCCAUAGAAGAAGUAUUGUUUUUUUUAUCUUAAAUAUGCUCAGAGUGAAAUUUAUUAAAGGGGAGCUCUAAGCAACAUAUUCACUACAGCUCACUGUAGUGAUUAUGGUGCCCAGGGUGUAUUGGAACUAUCCACUAGACCAGGGGUAGGCAACCUAUGGCACUAGCGCCAUGCACGGCACUCAAGGUGUCUUUCCACGGCACUCAAGGCUGCUAGAGCCAAACAGGCUCUGGCCUAUCAGAAGUCCCAGUGAAACUUCAGAUAUCUGCUAAUACGAAAAGGACAAUCCUCAAUUUAUGCAUUGCAGCACAUAGAGUAAGUGAUCUCAGGUCCCUUCCUCCCAGCACUAGUGAAUGGGAAUCCACACUGGGGUAGAGCAGCCCACAGCGGAUAUUGCAGCUCCUGCCCUUCACCUGUACCUGGCCAGCCUGGUCUCCACUGGAACCUAGGGAAGCCACCAUACUGCUAGAUAUACACAGAAAUGCACAAUAAGCCUCCCUUUAUACAAAUAAUACGAACAGCCCACAAACAAACAUACACACAAUCCGCACAAACGUAACCCGCUAACAAUUCACAUACAUGCACACAACACCACAUACAGCCUCUCACAUGCAAUACCCCACACAUACACACACUACCAAACACACAAUGUGACACAUCCAUCCACACACACAAUUCCACAAGCAGCCCCCCAUACACAACCCACAUUCAUAUGUAUCAUACAUGAUACCACAAACUACUUCUGAACAUAUACAAUAUAAUAGCUCAUAUACGCACAAAUACAAAUAGACAAAGCAAUUACAGUAUAAAUAACACUAGCAGAAUACGGCAGCAUUCAGUCCUCAAUGUUAAAAAAAAGGACCGGCACGCUACGGGACAUCACAAUCCUAUAUUGGCACAGUGCUGCUAAAAGUUUGCCUACCCCUGCACUAGACCAAUUAAGAAAGUCUUGGCAUAAACAAUUAUUUUGUGCACAUGUACUAUACUCAAUAUUAAUCUAAUCCAGACAAAUAACAUCCUUUUAUUAUGUCUGCAGGAAGCAGGAAUGUUAAUUAAGGCACCUAUUAGCAUCUCGUAGUCCAGAUCCACAAGGAACAUGAACAAAGCACCUUGUAGGACUACAUGAGACACAUCCAAAACUAUUUUUAUUCUGGGGGCAUAAUAUGUCUAAGGAGAGCCCCAUAUUUGUGGCUUUAAGUAGUUAGUUAAACUAGUUUACUCAAAGUAAAAUCUAAGUAACAAAUAAUGAUGAAAAGGUGGUCAAAUACCAUCAUAAAUAUAUUAGAUAUAUAGCAAACUAGACCUGAACUUUGUUACAGACACAAAAUAAACAUGUGCAAACACUCUCAGGACAGACUUUUAGACUGCACAAUGAUUUGAAUAAAGUAACUUUAUAAAACAGCACUAUUAUUCAUGUCUGAAAUGAAACUUCAUAUUUCGAAAUUUGUUUUAAAACAAGAUUUAAAAAAGCCAGUGUAUUAUGUCUUUAGAUUCCACUUUCAAGAUGUUCUGAAGACUGUCCUCCCGGCUACAGACAGGUACCACGAGAAUCAAUACAUAUUUGCUGCUUCAGUUGUGCACCGUGCCCAGACGGAGAGAUAUCCAACCAAACAGGUGAAAACUGUAGGGACCUUCUGGUCAAAUCGUCAUGUAACCAAACUGUCACCAAAUUUUAUAUUUCAUUUUUAGUGUUAUUUACUAAUUCCGAUUGAAAUCAUGGCAAUCUAUCCUCUGUCUGUCUGUCUAUCAUUUUUUUACACAAACCAAUAUUUUAAUUGAUAUAUAGAAAAACAAAAAAAAUCUAUAGUGAUUAAACUGUAUUGCAAUAAUGUAAUUUGUGCUGUGUGGUGGGUUGUUCAAAAGAACAGGUCAAAACCUCAAAUAGUUAUAAAAGACUAUGAAAUAAAAACACACAGCAAUUUAAAAAUGUACAUCUAUACCCAUUCCCCAUGACCUCUGUCUAAUACCACCAGCAUUUUUAAUAAGUGGCUUCUGAGAGUAACAACAAAAACUGAAGUAUGAUCCACUUGUUAAAGCACCAUAAGUAGGUAAGUCAUCAAACCAUGUUAAAACAAUUUGACAUAUUUCCAUAGAAUGGCACUAGUGCUCCUCUUGCACCAUAACCACUGCAGCUGUAGUGGUUAUGGUGUUUUGAGUGCUCCUUUUAAGGGACUCUACAGACCCACUCUCCUGCUUGGUAAAACGUGUUGAUUAGAACACAAUAAUGCUGUUUUUGUUUUAUAAGCUUUAGCUUUUUAAAAAAAUAAUAAAUAAGAACUAACUUUGUUACUUACCCACCUUCCCAUUCUGUCCAUCUCUCCAAACCUAGACCUCUCUUUUUUGCUCUAAAUAUAUACAAUUAUAUAUUGUUAUCAGUCUGCACAGUAAGAGUUUCUAGGAGAGCUGAAAAGUGGUCAUCAGUUUUGAGAUCCAGUUGUGCCUCACACAUUGAAAUAUCCCCCUGUUUAGUGUGCUCAGCCUCAUUUGUUGGAUACAGAAAGGAUCAUGAUUGACUUUGUAACGUCUUGGUCUGUGCAGAAGGUCACAGUGAAUCCUACAAAGUAUUACAUUCUUAAGUUACAUUUUAAUAUCAAUUUCAUUUUUAUUAUUUUUAAUCUGUUGGCAUUUUUUUUUCAUUGAUUUUUUAACAAUACACAUUUACAAAGGUAUACUAAAUAUAUACAGUAUAUUUAAAAAUAUAAAUUAUAUUCCUGACUUCUAUUGGCAAAUGUUGCUUCCUUUUCAUACAAUGCGUAGACAAUUAACUCAUCAUUUCACAUGAACUGAAUGUAAAUAAACUGAAAACAAAACCUGCAUUUAAUGAUAAUAAUAAAAACACAUAGAACACAGAGAGAACUAAAGAGAAGUCUCCUUUUGGCAAUUUAUAGCUAUUUUCCAAUUCUGUAAAUUUAUUGGUAGAAAUGUCUCACUAGUUCUAAGCAUCUUUUAAUUGGUGGAAGAAUAACUGCACCCAGUAGGGCCAUCACAGGGUUUGUUUGGACCCCAUUUUCAUCUUUGUCAGGUUUACAGUCCUAUCCUGAAUGGUUCAGUAAAACUUUAAUUCAUUUGUAGCAUUUAGUGUUCCAAAUGGACAGUAAGGAUGAUUCAAAAUUAGGAAAUUAGGACAUUAUAGAUCAGAAUGUUGGAGAAAUAAUAUUUGAUCUACAGUCAUUUUUUAAAGUAAUUAUUAAUUGUGUAAUGAAGUAAUAUUUUCAUGAUUUGUAACAUUGUUUUAUUUUGUAAAAAAGUGAUAAUCAAAUUGUGUCCUAUAAUGUAAAAUUGUCUAGUUAAUCGUGAUAGCAUCACUUAUGGGUUAGUGCCACCCUGACAUGAAAAAAAUAACCAAUUAAAAGAUUAACAGAGUGUGUAAAGGGUCCUUUACUUCCAGCUAUUGCAUUAACCACGUUAUCUAGAGCUGUUAAGAUCUGAUUAGUCAACUAAGAAGAAAAAAUUAUAGAAGAGUCAAACAAGAACAUCUUAUCGAUAACAUCAGAGACUUCAAGUUAGCCAGAGAAUUGAGUUCUAAAGCAUCCUUGGACAUAACAUAAUUGUUGCUGAGAACAUGUGUCACAAACUACCCUGAAAACCCUGUGAUUCCCCUAGCCCAAGUAAUUUUCGGUUUUAUUUGGUGGUUCUAUCUACCAAAAGCAGACCACCCCCUGGCUCAAAGGAACCAUAAUGUUAAGUGCUCUCUCUGGGUGGCUGCCGUUCAGAUAACUGAAAGCCACGUGUGCUGGAAAAUGAUGGCCAUCUUGUCUCCCAAAUGCAGGCAGCGGUACUCGGUCACGAGUGUCUGGAACACAAAGCCGGACACUAUAACUCGCGAACACUGGUAACUUUGUACUGCCGCCUGCUUCUAUUCCCGACAAGCCAGGAGAGCGCUAUUAUGUGGAAAGGUACGCAUGAACUGGACAAACAAUCGCUACCUAUGAGCCAGGGGGCCAGGUUUUUUUUUUUUUGGGGACUCCCGAAAGUGACCGACAGCUACCACUUUUCUUCUGGAACUAUUUUAGGCAGUCACCACAUGUGCAGUUGGUCAAAACUUUACCCCGGUGGCGAUUCAUCUGCAUUUGUGGGAUCUGAGCGCUAUUUGGACGCUUUGGUCACUCAGAUCAAGGAUAUCCGGGGAUAUAAGACUUUUGGUGGUCCUUAUCAAUAUUAUGUAUGUUUUGGAUUGUUUCAUAUUUUAUUCAUUGUACCUUUAGUGCCUGGAAGAUAAUUAGUUUAAAUAAAUAAACUCCCUUAUGUUCCAGACACAGCGACGCCUAGGCGUGUUUUUCCUAUACUUUUACUGGAGAUCCCAUGCUGGGGGUCUGUGCAUAAAAGUGAGUCAUCUGGCCAUAACAAAACAUUCCUGUUGUACCCUUCAUCAAGUUUUGACUGAUAUUUGGCUAUGCGAACGUUGAAGCGCUUUAUUUCUCACAUAGUGUAUGAAUGAACAUACUAUGCGAAUGGGCUAUAAUUCACACUACCUUAUAGGAUUUCUGGAGAGUGCGAAUGAAUGUACUAUAAAAAGUACAGGGGUUUGUUACAGCAUGGUCUUAACCAUAGCAUCCAGAUGAGCACUAUGACUUCAUUCAUGGGGAGUGGGCUACAUUUCAAAAUCUUCCCUAUGCUCCUUACCUUUCUAGCGAGACCUCUUUAGGAAAGCUUUGAAUGAAGCAAUUCAGAAAUCCACCGACUACAAGAAAGUGUUUCUUCCACAAGGGAAAAGAUCUUCAGAUUUCAUAACUGAUUAUUUCAAGAAAUUAGAUCUUACUGUCCAGGGAAAGAAUACUCUAGGGACUUGUCCUAGAGAAAUUUUCAGUCAUCUUCCUCCAUCUCUAAAUUCAUCAAGAGCUUAUGAAGGUGUGCCAGCCCAGCCAGAUCUCAUAGGAAGAAGUCUCCAUUAUUUCUACCCAGUCUGGACCAAAAAUAAUUUAGUCUCCUGGGCAGGACUUUCUAUCCCAGAGAAAGGAUCCUUUCUAUCCUGGAGUUUGAGACAUUUCCAAGGACCAAUUCAUUCAAAAAGUCUAUAGUUCCACUAGGAAGAAAAUGAAGGGCCAUGUCAGAAAGCUAAUCCAAACUUCUUCAUCUGGAAGUAAUAGAAGAGGUUUCUCUUCCCAAAGGAUUCAAAGUCCUUCAUUUUCUAGCCCUUCUGGCCCCAAAAUCCAACAGGAAAUCUAGAUUGAUCAUAGAUCUAAAAGUAAUAAAUACAUAUCAAAAAGAUCUGUCAAUCAAGAUGGAAUCUAUUUCCACAAUUAUUCCCUGCAUCAAGCAAGGAGACUGGCUAACAUGUAUAGACUUGAAGGAUGCAUAUUAUCAAAUCCCUGUUCACAAUCAACACUUCAAUUUUCUCACUUUUUUUCAUCUUAAAAGACACUUUCAGUUCAGACUAAGCCUGGCUCACAGAACCUUCUAAAAAACCAUCGUCAUCUUAAUAGUCUUUCCCAGGAACAAAGGCAUAUAAAUCUUCUAUUAUUUGGACAACAUUCUGACCAUCACUUCUACGUUUCAGAAAGCCACACUGAGCAAGUUUUGAAGGUUUCAAGAAGGAAAAUAGCUCUUUCACAUCUUCACAAUGAGCAUUGUUUUUUUGGGUGUAAAUAAACUUGAUAAUAUCAAAUGUCAAUCUUUCAAGAAAGAACUUGAGAAUCAAGCAGAAAAUGUGUCAACUUCUUCAAGAAUCAUGAGUAUCAACCAGGACAAAUAUGAGCAUGCAGGGCGCUCUAUCCUCAAUGAUAGGUCUUGUCCAAUAGUCCCAAUGAAACUCCAGACUAAUUUAGAAGAAUUUUUUUAACCAGUUUUACAGCAAGACAUUAGACUGGGAUCAGUUAAUUCAUAUUCCUGAUCAAGUGAAGAAUCAACUGAGAUGGUGGAUUCAACAGAAGUAUCGUCUUAGAGGGUUCCCUCUAGAAAAAAAUGGCCUGGCAAACAAUUACAACUGAUGCCAACCUAAUAGGCUGUGGAUUGCACACCAACACAAUAUGGAUUCAAGGCUCUGCAAACCAUCAGAAAGGAAUCUCAUAUGCCACCAUAAAAUUUAAAUAUGUCAUCAGAGGCCCAUGGAUCCUAAUCAAGACAGACAAUAGGACAGUGGCUGUUUAUAUAUAUAUCACCAAGGACAUACUAGAAGCAACCAACUCCUUCAGAACUUUUCUCCCCUGAUGAUUUAGGCCUAACUCCACAUGAAAGGUCUAAAAGCUAUUUAUCUUCCCGAACCAGAAAAACAGCUUGUGGAUUACCUCAGCAUAAUUCCCAGGAAAAUGGAGUCUGAAUCCCAAUCCCAAUCCCCUGAGCGUGGUACUCAGCCUGAGUAUCUAUAUUAAAAUCUAUCCUUUUCCAGGAGGACAUCUUCAGUGAUUAUAACAGCUCAUAGCAGUUCACCCAAACGUCAGCCAAGACUUGAUGAAGGAUGAAAACAAAAGACACUUUCAUUUUUCAACUGCACUACAACUGCAACUACAUUUAUACACAGACCCCCAGCCUGGUGUCCUUAACAUAACAAUGGAAACCCUUCCCAGGCAUCUCUGUGUCUUUGAGUAAAUUAGAUCAAGCACCACUAACUCAAUUAACUACCAGACACUCAGGCGCUUAAUACAAUUACCCUUAAAAAAAAAAAAAAAAAAAUAUGGGAAACAGGGGUAGACACCCACAUAUGUGGUAUCCCCAGUUAGAUCAACCCAGAGUUUCCAAGCUGUUAAAAUAGUGCCAUAAUCUGCAGCAUGGAGUCCAUUCUACGCCCCUAAUUUUUUAGUGGGCUGUGUCACAGUUCCAAACUGCUCGGCAGUUCCAUAGUAUUUCCAAAUUUGUCUCAGUCAGGCUCUUCUUUCAGACAUUACUAUUCAACAUCUCACAUACAUACUGUGUCCUCUUUGUGCCAUUUCCACAGUGAAACAUAUUUUGGAAUUACAGGCCUUUUCUAGUGAAUAAUCUCAUACGCUCAUCUUUCACUAGAGAGAAUUUCCUUUUAAAAGUUGUUUCUAACUUUCAUCUAAAAAGUGGUGCUCUCUUCCUUCUAAGCUUUUCUUUUCACCCUGUAAGAAAUUAAACUGCAUGAGCUGGAUGUGAUCGAGUGCAUCAUUAAUAUGUAUUCUACUUCGGAAUUUAGGAAAAUCAAAUAGACUAUUUGUUUUACAUUCAGGUCUCCAUAAAUAGGAAGCUGCCUCAUCUUCUACAUUAAGACAUCGGAUUGCUGUAGUUAUCUCUGAUGCCUAUCUAAAAAAAACAGCUAUCUCAUCUGGAAAAGAUUAUGGCUCAUUCUACCAGGUCCUUGGCUAUUUCUUGGGAAAAUUGGGCAAAUAUUUCUCAGAGGACAUCUGCAAAGUAGCUACUUUGUCUACCCUAACAACCCUCAUUAGCAUUACAAGCUGGAUUUGCAUUCCUCUGCCUCCUCUUAUCCACCGUUUCUCUGCGCAAUAAAUUAUGAGCUUGUAACAUCAUUCUGGUGUCCCGCUCUUUACUCCCUUUACUAAUUUUCUCUCCCUAUUUUAUUAAGCUUGGGUAUUACCCGUAAGUGAUGCUGACAUGAUUAGCCAGAAAUAAGGAAAAUUAAAACCAUACUUACCUGGUAAUUAUUUUUUUCCUAGCUAUUUAUCAUGGCAACAGUCUCCCACCCUCUCUUAUUUUAGCUUGGAAAUGAGACUGGUGUGUGAAGGAAGGAGAAGCAUUUUAAACACUCAGUCUCUUUUUAAAUUGGUUAUUUUUUUCCUGUCCUGAGGGCAGAGCUAACCAAUAGGUGAUGCUGCCAUGAUAAAUAGCCAGGGAAAGAAAAUCACCAGGUAAGUAUUGUUUUAAUUUUCCUUAUUUGAUCUUAUGAAAAGUAUAAUCAUGUCAUCAUGCAAUUUGAAAAUAAUUCAUGCUUUUUCCAUUUUUUUUAUAGACAAGAUAUCUUGUCAAAAGUGUCCUGAUGACAAAUGGCCAAAUGAAGGAAAGGACAAAUGCAUCAAUAAACUCACUGAGUUUUUAUCCAUCAGAAAUGAUCCAAUAGCUUUAGCACUUUCUAUUGUUUCUAUUUUAUUUUCAAUAACCGCUUCCAUUAACUUAUGUAUAUUUAUUUUAUUCCGAGACACUCCCAUCGUUAAAGCUAAUAAUCAAAAUCUCAGCUUUAUUUUGUUGGUUUCAAUCAUACUGAGCUUCCUUUUUGUGUUUCUGUUCCUUGGUCGCCCAGUGGAUAUAAUUUGCAUGCUGCGUCAGACCUCUUUUGGAAUUAUCUUCUCUGUAGCUGUGUCUUCUCUGUUGGCCAAGACAAUCAUGGUUUGCAUCGCUUUCAAAGCUACCAAACCAGGCAACUCUUGGAGAAAAUGGAUGGGGAUAAAAAUACCCAACUGUGUGGUGUUUAUUUGUUCAUUUACUAUGGUUAUGAUAUGUAUCAGUUGGCUCUCUGUCUCACCCCCCUUCCAGGAGAUGAACACUCACUCCUACCCUGGAAAGAUCAUCAUUCAGUGCAAUGAAGGUUCAGUCAUUGCCUUUUACACUGUCCUGGGUUACAUGGGGUUCCUUGCAGUUGUGAGUUUCAUUGUCGCUUUCUUGGUCAGAAAAUUGCCGGAUAGUUUUAAUGAAGCCAAGUACAUCACCUUCAGCAUGUUGGUUUUCUGCAAUGUGUGGAUCACGUUUAUCCCGGCUUAUAUGAGUGUUAUGGGGAAAAACACUGUGAUUGUUGAGAUUUUUGCUAUAAUAGCUUCUAGUGCUGGAAUUCUAAUCUGCAUAUUCUUUCCAAAGUGUUAUAUUAUACUGUUUAAACCUCAGUUGAAUUCAAAAGUGAACUUGCUAAAACUGUCUUAUUGACAUUGACUGCAAAAUGUAUAAAUCAGUUUACAAUUAAUGACAGUAGAUAUUUUUCAAUAAUUUUUCUAUAUUUAUUAUCACUGAUAUUAUUUCUGAUAUUCUUUCCAUCCUGAAAUGUUAAUUUAUUUCUCCUCCAUAAUUAUUGUUGUGAAUAGGGCUGCGGUCAGAAAUCGUGUGGCCCAUUUCUGCUAAAAAACUGAGUCCAGUGCUGUAACUACUGAGAGGCUGACAAGGCAUUUGCCUUGGGCUGCACUUUCAGAGGGGCAGCAAAGAAAGCCACUCCUCCCCCCCAAAUGUGUAUCUGUUAGUGUGUGUCUGCUAGUGAGUGUGUGUGUGUGUGUCUCUUAGUGAGUGUGUUAGUAAUUGUGUUAGUGUGUUAGUGUGUGUCUUUUAGUGAGUAUAUCUGUGAACAUGUAUGUAUGUUUCAGUGAAAGUGUGUGUGUUUGUUAAACAGUGUGUGUGACAAUGACUGUGUAUCUGUUAGUGAGUGUAUGUCGUGCAUGCAUCAGUGAGGGCGUUUGUCUGUCAGGAAGGGAAAUUUGGAAGGCAUGGGGGCAGUUCCCAGGAUUUGUCAUGCCUAGGGCAGCACAAAACAAGAAUACAUCACCGACUGAGUCACCACAUGAUUAAUCCCAAAUCAACUGAAACAUGCAAUGGCCAGUUGCUUCAGGAUUCAGAAUUAACUAUUUUCCCUCUGGUGGAACUAACAGCCAGAUGGCAAAUAGCUUAAACCUGUUUGUGGGGGAUCAUUAUGACUCACACAUUAAGACAAGGGAAGUUUUAUAACUCUUUCGUGCCCCAAGUCGCCAUGAGCAAGGGCAUUUCUGUUACGCAGCAAACACUGCUCACUGCAAUAAAAUAAUGGCAGCUAUUUCUCCCUGGUCACUGCUAAUGUACAACCUCCUGACCCCCCAAAGUGUUGCUUAAGUUACAUUUUGGGUGUUUAGUGAGCGAUGGGUAGAGGCUCUUAUAUUGAUAACAGAUGGGAUCUAUUUUUUCCCAGCUCCCACCCAUGUGUAGUGGUGGGGCUCUAAUUACAUAUUCAAGGGUGGUGGACAAGCCAUUCUGACUGGGCAUAUAUGGUUCCCAAAGCAAUUAGCCACACCUUCAAAAAAUAAAAAUUAUACUUUCCUCUCAUUAUAAUAUAAUUGAGUGGGGCAAUUAAAUACCUGAAAAAAAAUUGCUGUCUUUCCUAUUUUCUUCUUUAUUUAUUAAGCCCCUAAAAAAAAAAAAUACAAAUUCAUACUGGUCUGUUGGAUCUUGAAAAUGAAAAAUAACCGCCAUAUCCCAAAAUUACAGAAAAAAUAAAAUAUGAUACAAUAAUCCACGGGAGCUCUGCAGGGGCACGGCUCAGAAUGAGCUUGCAAACUAGAGAAACCCCUUGUAUGGGCUCAGUCAGGGAGCUCUGGUUGACUUACAAAGCUGAUAUUGCAUAGUAAGUGUGACAUACCAUUCUUUUCAUGGAUUUUAUAAUUUUAUAUCUUCGGGAGUUGCUGUAUCCGAACACACUGUAUUCGACUCACGAAUGAGGACCAUCCUUGUCCCCCUUUAGAACGUUCACACCAACAACUUAAAUGUGAAGCCGCAAGGGAAUUAAUUAAUGAAUGCUUCCCUUGGGUGGCGCCAUUUUGUGUAACCGAAUACAUGUGGUCGAGAAAAGUACGGUGGCCAUUUUGUCUCCCAAAUGUGGGGAGAGGUACUUGGUCGCCGAGUGCCUGGAACCCUUUCCGGCUAGGCACUUGCAUGAAUAAAGAUUAUACCGCUGCCCGUCCAACUGACCAGUUAUGCUAAUGACGUUUGAGAGAUUAGGAGAAUCCCUUGCAUGGUGUUCACACAGGAACCACUGAACAGAGACUGGCUGGGGCACCUAUUUCUCUGGAAAUGUUUCGGGACAUCACCUCAUGGCCAGCAAGUCAAAACGUUACCCCGGUGGCAAUCCAAUUCUGCUGAAUGGAUAUGAGUGAUGCUUGGCCAAGCUGGACACUCAGACCAGAGCUUACCGGGGAUGUAACUUUUGUGGGGUUCCUGGUUAUAAUGGAGGUACUUUAGGGGGAUUAUAUAUUUUGUGUAUGUUUUCCUGUACCUGAGAGAUAAUUGAGUUAUAGUUUUUUCACACAAUUAUCUCUCAGACACAAAGGAUCCUGGGAGAGAAAACCCUGUAAUGUUGUGUUGGAGAAAUAUUUAAUUAACUUUAAACUAUCUGAUAUGUUGUCAAAUCUUUUUUUUUGUUGUAAGUUUUAUUUAGAAUUAGCAGUUCAGUUAUACAUGUGUUGUCAAACAGUAUAAUAUACAAGUGACUUCAAACAAAGUAAUUUACAAAAUGGCAUACAGUACACAUCAAAAUACAAAUCAGAUUACACGGAAGAUGGCUCAACCUGGUUGGGCGUGACUGGGUAUCCCUUUUACUUAUCUGAAACUGCCUCCAUGUCUUGGGAGUGUUUGGGUUGGGGGUUCACUGAGAGCCCCAUAGGCUGCUUGCAGUCUAAGUUUGCAGUUGAGUGGGGGCUUGGCAUUCUAGAUAUGGGUAUCGUGGGUCGGACUUGUGGUAUAGCAGUCACAUCGGUCCUGCUGUCAGUUGAGUUGGCUCUGAGGUUGCUUCCCAGCCAGUGUUAUGUUGUGGACAAUGUAUCCCUUUGGCUAGUGUCUGGCAGUGCGUAGUGGGUAACUUAACCCAUUAGGUUGUGUCUGGUUACCUGUCUGGUUGGUUCAUGGGAUGUGCGUAUUCAUUCGUAUCUUUACGAGAGGAGGGGGGGAGAGGGGGGAGGGAGAAAGGAGAGGGGGGGAGGGGGAUGGACAGACCGAGAGGGGCCCAAUGUGUUUUGGCCCUUUUAGGUUGAGUAUUGGUGUGUCUGGUUGGACUGUUAUGUAUCCGUGUAUGGUUUGGACAGGAAUCUUGUGGGGUUUCCGCGUGAGGUUGGAUAGCGGUUUCAGCUCGCCUCUAUCCAAAACGGCUCCCAAAGCCAGGUAUGAUUCAUUGUAGGUGCGCCGGUAUUCCUCAUAGUGUGUAGGCAUCAUUCCUGGCUCAAAGAGCGAGUUGUGAGUACUGGGGUAUAGAGGGGAUGGGUGCGGGGAUAUAUCGAUAGCUUCACGUAGUCUGUCCCAUAUCUUGAGUGUAUGUGGUAUUGUGGGGUGUGUGUCAUGGUCCGUGGCCAGCCUUGAUGUGUGUGCUUUGUGCCAAGGGGCUAUGUGUGGAGGGACUUUGAGCAUAGCAGCUUCCAGUUUAACCCAUUGGUGUGUCGGUGGGUUUUGGGACCAUUCGUAAAUUCUAGUUAGUAGGGUCGCUUUGUAGUAUCUCUCCAUAUGCGGAAGCCCUAGGCCUCCACAAGAUUUGUGUCAAGUUAGAAUCUUGUAUGAUAUUCUGGGGUGUUUGUGUGCCCAGAUGAAUUUUGUGAAAAGACGUCUAAGUUUGGCAAAGAAGGUUUUGGGUAUGGCUAUGGGUAGGGUUUGAAAUAGGCAUAGUAACUUCGGGAGGGUGUUCAUUUUAAGGAUAUUUAUUUUGCAUAGCCAGGAGAAUUGCAUUUUUUGCCAGGCCUGUAGGUCUUUAGAGAUAUUUUGGUAUAGUGGUUCAUAGUUUAAGUCGAAAACGGAAGUCAGGGAAGCUGAUAGGUGCACUCCUAGAUAUAGGAUGGAUUUGUCUGCCCACGCGAACGGGAAUUUUGCUGUCAGGAGUGUGCUCGUUUGAGGAGCCAAUUUUAGUGGUAAUAUUUAGCUUUUUGAGAAAUUGACUUGGAAGUUCGACAGUGUGUUGUAUAAGGAUAAUUUCUCCAUCAGGGGGGUGAUUGAGGUAUCGGGUGCUUGGAUGGUAAAGAGGAGGUCGUCUGCGAAAGCGGAGAUUUUAUAUUCUGCUUGCUGUACUGGAAUGCCCGUUUAGGAGGGGUUCUAGAGUAAGGAUGAACAGGAGAGGGGAUAGUGGGCAGUCUUGUCUCAUCCCGUUCCUUAUGUGGACUGGGUCCGAGAGUUGGCCAUUGACACGGAGCCGUGCGGUUGGGCAGGAGUAUAUGGCUUGCAUCCAGCGUAUCCAGCAUGGGCCAAAGCCCAGUUUCUAUAGGGUGGCUAUUAGUAGCGUCCAGUCUACACGAUCGAACGCUUUUUCAGCGUCGGUUGGCGUUGCGCUAUGUGUAUCAGGUUGAGUAGUUUUGUGGUGUUGUGUUUGGCUUCCCUGUGUGGCUUGAAUCCGGCUUGAUCUGAGUGGGUCUGGGUCUGUAGAAGGGGACAGAGAUGGUUAGCCAGGAUUUUUGUAAACAGUUUUGGGACACCAGUGAGUGAGUGGUGGCACUGGGCAGGCCCUGAAAUGCACACUCGUGAAGGAAACUGACUGCUAAUAUAUUACAGUCCAAAAAGUUUUGUUUUUUUUAAAUGCAAGCUAUUGGGACACCAGUGAGUGAGUGGUGGCACCGGGCAGGCCCUGAAACGCACACUCGUGAAGGAAACUGACUGCUAUUAUAUUACAGUCAAAAAAGUUUUUGUUUUUUUAAAGGCAAGCUAUUGUGACCCCAGUGAGUGAGUGGUGGCACUGGGCAGGCCCUGAAACGCACACUAGUGAAGGAAACUGACUGCUAUUAUAUUGCAGUCAAAAAAAUUUUUGUUUGUUUUAAAUGCAAGCUAUUGUGACACCAGUAAGUGAGUGGUGGCACUGGGUAGGCCCUGAAACGCACACUAGUGAAGGAAACUGACUGCUAUUAUAUUACAGUCAAAAAAGAUUUUUGUUUUUUUUUAAAUGCAAGCUAUUGUGACACCAGUGAGUGGUGGCACUGGGCAAGUGGGCACAGUAUAUGCUGUGAGCCUGACACACAGGCUGGCAGGCAGGCAGGCAACUGCAAUUACAUUACACAGAAAAAAAAACAGACUGAUGUUCUAGCCCUAAAAAGGGCUUUUGGGGUGCUGUCCUUACAGCAGAGAUUAGAUGAGUCCUUCAGGACUGUAGUGGACACUGAGUACACUAGCCUAGCGAUCAAUUUCCCUAUCAAAUCAACAGCAGCUACACUGUCCCUCCUCUCACUAAGAAUGCAGCUUCACAAUGAAUGUAAAAUAGAUGCUGUCCAGGAGGUGGGAGGGUCUGGGAGGGAGGGUCUGCUGCUGAUUGGCUGGAAUGUGUCUGCUGACUGUGAGGUACAGGGUCAAAGUUUACUCAAUGAUGAUGAAUAGGGGGCGGACCGAACAGCGCAUAUGUUCGCCGUCCGUGGCAACGUGAACAAGCGAUGUUCGCCAGGAACUAUUCGCCAGCGAACCGUUCGGGACAUCACUGUUGAGCAUCUCACUCAGGGCUGUUCCCCCUCACAUCAGGUUACACAGUUUAAUUUGUCCUGGUACUUUUUAGAGUAAUAAACUAAUAAAAUUAUUUUGUUAUUUAUUAUUUUUGGAAAUGUAACCUUGUGAUCACUUUCUAUUCAAGUGACACCUUUGGUUCUCUACUAUGUGCUGAGAGAAGUAUUGCUACUCCCCUGGAUUUAGAUUUUGUGAAAUUGCUAAAGUAUCCAGUUGGGUAUCUUCUGUUACGCAGGUGAGGAGCCGCCUUGUGUUUGAAAUGUGUUUCUUGCAGAAACGCAACGUCAGCUUUUAGUUUGUGUAGUUCAUUGAGUGUCAAGGAUCUUCAGGAGUGUUUAGCCCUCUGACAUUGUGUGUUACAAUCUGUAUAUUGGCCAUCUAUGUAUGUUUGGGGUAGGGGAGGGUCCCGCCUCGAUCCUCCCUGCCAGGGGGAUUUAAGGGGUGGGAGUAGAGGAGUGGUAGGGGAGGGAAGUGUAAGAGAUUGAGAGAGGAGUGUAACAGUUAAACUAUGUACAAGGGUGUGAGUAGCCUACCGGUAUUGUCAAUAUCAGAAAGGGAUGUAGGCUAUGUAGGGGGUUCCCUUUGGUGGUUUACCCUGAGUGGGGUGCGUGGUCCACUUGGUUAGUGUUUCAGCUCUUGGGAGAGGUCCUUUGGACCUAGAAUAGGAGUUAAAAGAGUCAUCUAAGUGACAUGGCAUAGUAGGUGUUGUCGGGUAGUUUUGCGGUUCCUCUCAGGGAGGAGUAUUUGUAGGCUAGAUUGGUGUUUGGGUUCUAGAGAACAAUCCGUUCUGUAGGUGGUGAGUGGUUGAUGGACACAGUGUGGACUGUGGUCUGCCGCGAGCGUCUAUAGUUAUGUCGGUUUUGUGUAGUGAUGUUGCGAACACAAAAUUUUCGGUUCGCGAACGGCGAACGCAAACUUCCGCAAAUUUUCGCGAACCGGCGAACCAGGCGAACUGCCAUAGACUUCAACGGGCAGGCAAAUUUUAAAAAACACACAGGGACUCUUUCUGGCCACAAUAGGGAUGGAAAAGUUGUUUCAAGGGGACGAACACCUGGACUGUGGCAUGCCGGAGGGGGAUCCAUGGCAAAACUCCCAUGGAAAAUUACACAGUUGAUACAGAGUCUGGUUUUAAUCCAUAAAGGGCAGAAAUCACCUAACAUUCCUAAAUCACAAUCAAUAUGGAUUGACACCUGACAUAUGACAUAUUGACACCUUGACAUAUGGAUUGACACCUGUCCUCAGAGCCCCUGAUGCACACGGACACAGAGCAGAAUAGAGACUGGUCCCCCUACAUAGGGUCACUUGGCAGAUAUGGAUUGACACCUAUCCUAAGGAUCCCUGAUACACACUGACAAAGAGCAGAAUAGAGACUGUUCCCCCUACAUAGGGUCACUUGGCAGAUAUGGAUUGACACCUGUCCUCAGAGACCAUGAUACACACUGACACAGAGCAGAAUAGAGACUGUUCCCCCUACAUAGGGUCACUUGGCAGAUAUGGAUUGACACCUGUCCUCAGAGCCCCUGAUACACACUGACACAGAGCAGAAUAGAGACUGUUCCUCCUACAUAGGGUCACUUGGCAGAUAUGGAUUGACACCUGUCCUCAGAGACCAUGAUACACACUGACACAGAGCAGAAUAGAGACUGUCCCCCUACAUAGGGUCACUUGGCAGAUAUGGAUUGACACCUGUCCUCAGAGACCAUGAUACACACUGACACAGAGCAGAAUAGAGACUGUUCCCCCUACAUAGGGUCACUUGGCAGAUAUGGAUUGACACCUGUCCUCAGAGACCAUGAUACACACUGACACAGAGCAGAAUGGAGACUGUUCCCCCUACAUAGGGUCACUUGGCAGAUAUGGAUUGACACCUGUCCUCAGAGACCAUGAUACACACUGACACAGAGCAGAAUUGAGACUGUUCCUCCUACAUAGGGUCACUUGGCAGAUAUGGAUUGACACCUGUCCUAAGGAUCCCUGAUACCCAUUGACACAGAGUAGAAUAGGGAAUAUUCACUAAAUGCCAAACAUUGUUAUACAGGGGAAUAUUCAGUAAAUAAGGAUAAGGGGGGACCUACUGUCCUCCCCCCUGCCCCCACCCGUGAGCGGUGGGUGGGGGCCAUAAAAUAAUGAGGGGGGGACCUACUGUAUGAUGUUGUAUCGAUCAGGUAGUGUAAGGGUUACGCCCGCUUCACAGUGACAGACCAAACUCCCCGUUUAACGCACCGCAAACAACCACAAACAGUCCAUUUGCACAACCGCAAACUCCCCAUUUGCACAAGGUUGGAUACCAAGCUAGCCAUGUCCCGUUCCUUGUCCUCACUGAUGUCAUUGAAGGUCUCUUCCUCCACCCAGCCACGUACAACACCAAGGGUCCCCAAAAGGUGACAACAAGCCCCCUGGGACGCCUGCUGUGUUUGGUCUUCCACCUCCUCAAAGCCACCUUCCUCCUCUGACUCCUCUUCUUCAGACUCCUCUCUCUGCGUUGCCUCUCUCUGCGUUAUUAUAAGGUGUGUUAAGUAGUAUUAUUCUUAUCAGUUUAAUCCCUGUUAUGUGCCUUUUUUUGGUUUGGUUUUUGAAACCACAGUGCAGCACCAGAGGCCCGAAAAAUUAGGCAUGUACACAUGCCUGAAAAAUUAGGUAUUGUUGCAGCCGCUGCUGUAGCAGCGGCCAGAAGAAUUGAUGUUUGUUUCCCAGGCAGAAAGUGCCCUAAAACAGUGUUCCCCAACCCCCGGGCCGUGGACCGGUACGUGGAUCAAACGUUUACCGGUCCGCAGCGAUAAAAAGGUUGGGGAGCACUGCCCUAAAACAUUGCGGCUUGAACCCUAGUUGGUGGCGGAUGAGUCACGCAAGUCAACCGGCAUUCAGAGCUAAAAUACAGCAGCGUGUGGACCAUUUUUAGCCCAAGGCAGCUCAUCUCAUCAGGCCUUUUUUAGUCGGAUGUAUCGCCCACUAUCAGUCCCGUCGGGAUCCAUCCCUCAUUCAUCUUAAUAAAGGUGAGGUAAUCUAGACUUUUUUGACCUAGGCGACUUCUCUUCUCAGUGACAAUACCUCCUGCUGCACUGAAGGUCCUUUCUGACAGGACACUUGAAGCGGGGCAGGCCAGAAGUUCUAUUGCAAAUUGGGAUAGCUCAGGCCACAGGUCAAGCCUGCACACCCAGUAGUGAAGGGGUUCAUCGCUCCUCAGAGUGUCGAUAUCUGCAGUUAAGGCGAGGUAGUCUGCUACCUAUCGGUCGAGUCGUUCUCUGAGGGUGGAUCCCGAAGGGCUGUGGCGAUACGUAGGACUUAAAAAGCUCGCAUGUCCUCCAUCAACAACACGUCUGUAAAGCGUCCUGUCCUUGCCGGCGUGGUCGUGGGAGGAGGAGGAUUACUUUCACCUCUUCCCCUGUUAGAUUCCCGUUGUGCUGUGACAUCACCCUUAUACGCUGUGUAAAGCAUACUUUUUAAUUUAUUUUGAAAAUGCUGCAUCCUUUCCGACUUGUUGUAAUUUGGUAACAUUUCAGCCACUUUCUGCUUAUACCGGGGGUCUAGUAGCGUGGACACCCAGUACAGGUCGUUCUCCUUCAGCCUUUUUAUACGAGGGUCCCUAAACAGGCACGACAGCAUGAAAGACCCCAUUUGCACAAGGUUGGAUGCCGAGCUACUCAUUUCCCGUUCCUCCUCCUCAGUGAUCUCAAUGAAGGUAUGUUCUUCCCCCAGCCAAGUACAACACCACGGGUACCAGAUAGGUGACAACGAGCACCCUGGGAUGCCUGUUGUGGUUCCUCCUCCUCCUCAAAGCCACAUUCCUCCUCUGACUCCUCUUCCUCACAAUCCUCUUCCAGCAUUGCCGCAGGUCCAGCAAGCGAUACUGAUAAGGCUGGUUCUGGUGGUGAUGGUGACCACAACUCUUCCUCUUCCUCUUCAUGCUCAUCUAUGGCCUGAUCCAGCACUCUUCACAGGGCACGCUCCAGGAAGAAAACAAAUGGUAUGAUGUCGCUGAUGGUGCCUUCGGUGCAACUGACUAGGUUUGUCACCUCCUCAAAAGGACGCAUGAGCCUACAGGCAUUGCGCAUGAGCGUCCAGUAACGUGGCAAAAAAAUUCCCAGCUUCCCAAGAGGCUGUCCUAGCACCCCGGUCAUACAAAUAUUCAUUAAUGGCUUUUUCUUGUUGGAGCAGGCGGUCGAACAUUAGGAGUGUUGAAUUCCAACGUGUCGGGCUGUCGCAAAUCAAGCGCCUCACUGGCAUGUUGUUUCGCCGAUGGAUAUCGGAAAAGUGCGCCAUGGCCGUAUAGGAACGCCUGAAAUGGCCACACACCUUCCUGGCCUGCUUCAGGACGUCCUGUAAGCCUGUGUACUUAUGCACAAAGCGUUGUACGAUCAGAUUACACACAUGUGCCAUGCACGGCACAUGUGUCAACUUGCCCAACUUCAAUGCCGCCAACAAAUUUGUUCCGUUGUCACAAACCACUUUGCCGAUCUCCAGUUGCUGCGCAGUCAGCCACUUUUCCACCUGUGCGUUCAGGGCGGACAGGAGUGCUUGUGCGGUGUGACUCUCUGCUUUCAAGCAAGUCAAACCAAAGACGGCGUGACACUGCCGUAUCCGGGAUGUGGAAUAGUACCUGGGGAGCUGGGGGGUGCCGUUGAUGUGGAGCAAGACGCAGCAGCAGAAGAAGACUCAGCCGAGGAGGUUAUGGAAGAGGAUGGAGUAGGAGGAGUAGAGGAGGUGGCAGCAGGCCUGCCUGCAAGUCGUGGCAGUGUCACCAACUCCUCUGCAGAGCCACGCAUUCCAUGCUUGGCAGCCAUCAGCAGGUUUGCCCAAUGCGCAGUGUAGGUGAGGUGAUAUACCUGCCCUGACCAUGCUUUGCAGACCAGGUAUCAGUGGUCAGAUGGACCCUUGCCCCAACACUGUGUGCCAGACAUGCUAUUACUUCCUUUUACACAAUCGAGUACAGGUUGGGGAUUGCCUUUUGUGAAAAGAAAUUUCGUCCGGGUACCUUCCACUGCGGUGUUCCAAUAGCUACAAAUGUUUUGAACGCCUCAGACUCCACCAGCUUGUAUGGUAAAAGCUGGCGAGCUAAUAGUACAGACAAGCCAGCUGUCAGACGCCGGGCAAGGGGGUGACUUUCUGACAUUGGCUUUUUACUCUCAAACAUGUCCUUGACAGACACCUGACUGUGGGCAGAUGAGCAGGAAGUGCUCAAGGCGAUAGACGGAGUGGCGGAUGGUUGAGAGGGGGCAAGGAGGACAGCAUAGGUUGAUGUGGCUGAAGAUGCUGGACCAGGAGGAGGAUGGCGGCUUUGAGUUUGUGUGCUGCUUGUACUCAUGUGUUGAUCCCAUAGGCGUUUGUGAUGUGCGAUCAUGUGCCUACGCAAAGCAGUUGUACCUAGGUGGGUGUUGGACUUCCCACGACUCAGUUUCUUUUGGCACAGAUUGCAAAUGGCAUCGCUGUUGUCAGAGGCAGACACACAAAAAAAAUGCCACACUGCUGAGCUCUGGUGGUGGACACAGCAUGCGUUGAUUGGCGUGCUGUUGCGCUGACCCCGGGUGCCAAUGCGUGCUGUCUGACUGUGCCACUAGCUCCUUGCGACGACCUCCCCCUGCUUCCAACUCGUCUCCUCCUCCUCUCUGUCUCCCCAUCUGAACUUUCACCCUGUUCUUCGUCUUGCAGAGCGGGCACCCACGUGACAUCCAUGGACGCAUCGUCAUCAUCAACCGCUUCACUUGUAUCUGACAACUCAGCAAAGGAAGCAGCAGCGGGUACAACAUCAUCAUCAUCACACCGUACAUGUGUAAUGCUGCCUGAUUGAGACAUAUCCCUGUUAUCUACAUCCUCUGUCAAUAAUGGUUGCGCAUCACUCAUUUCUUCAAACGGAUGUGUAAAUAACUCCUCUGACAUACCAAGUGAAGCGCUGCUGUGGUGCUAGUGUUGGUGGUGGCGGCAGGCGGGUGAGUGAUAUCUUGAGAGGUGCCCGAAGCUAAGCUGGAGGAGAAUGUUGCGUCAAGGUUCCGAGCGUAAGUUGUAGAAGAUUGGGUGUCCUGUGUUAGCCAGUCAACUAUGUCCUCAGAACUUUUCAAGUUCAGGGUACGUGGCCUCUGAAAACUGGGCAUUAUUCUAGGGCAAAAGGGAAUCACAGCACCACGACCACGACGGAAUUGCGGGGUGGCCUGCCUUUUCCUGUCAUUUUUUCGAUUAGUGGCAUCUAUGCGCAAAGCUUACUGUGACACCAGAUAAGGAGUGCACCGUGAACUGGCAGAGGUUGGCAGAGUACACGCCUAGGGCUGACACACCCGCUUAAGGACACUGACUGCUAUUCAAUCUAUAACAGUGAAAAAGUUUUUUGUUUUUAAAUGCAAGCUAUUGUGACACCAGUGAGUGAAGGGUGGCACUGGGCACAGUAUCCACUGUGAGCCUGACACAGAAGCUUGCAGACAACUAACUGCUAUUCAAUCUAUAACAGUGAAAAAAGUUUUUUGUUUUUAAAUGCAAGCUAUUGUGACACCAGUGAGUGAGUGGUGGCACUGGGCACAGUAUCCACUGUAAGCCUGACACACCCGCUUUAAGGACACUGACUGCUAUUCAAUCUAUAACAGUGAAAAAAGUUUUUUGUUUUUAAAUGCAAGCUAUUGUGACACCAGAUAUGAGUGGUGGCACUGACUGGCAAAUGGGCACCGUAUCCACUGUGAGCCUGACACACCCGCUUUAAGGACACUGCCUGCUAUUCAAUCUAUAACAGUGAAAAAAGUUUUUUGUUUUUAAAUGCAAGCUAUUGUGACACCAGAUAUGAGUGGUGGCACUGACUGGGCAAAUGGGCACAGUAUCCACUGUGAGCCUGACACAGAACCUGGCAGCAGUGGUAGACAACUAACUGCAAUUACAUUACACAGUCAAAAAAAAAAAAAAGCAGACUCAUGUUCUAGCCCUAAAAAUGGCUUUUUGGGGUGCUGUCCUUACAGCAGAGAUCAGAUGAGUCCUUCAGGACUGUAGUGGACACUGUAUACCCUAACCUAGCUAUGCAUUUCCCUAUCUAAUCAACAGCAGCUACACUUUCCCUCCUCUCACUAAGCAUGCAGCUUGAGAAUGAAUCUAAAAUGGAUGCUGUCCAGUAGGUGGGAGGGUCUGCUAGGGAGGGUGUGCUGCUAAUUGGCUGGAAUGUGUCUGCUGACUGUGAGGUACAGGGUCAAAGUUUACUCAAUGAUGACGAAUAGGGGGCGGAUCGAACCGCGCAUGUGUUCGCCAUCCGCGGCGGACGCGAACACACUAUGUUCGCCGGGAACUGUUCACCGGCGAACCGUUCGGUGCAUCACUAGUGUUGUGAUGUCUUAUUCCCAAUCUACAGUAAGUGGGCUCCAUAAUAUAAAGUUGCCAUACUGGUUGAUUGUGAUAUCAUUCUGCAAGGUUGCCUGUGUUUUUUUUUUUUCAUGGGUAAGUAUCUGUAGUACCAGGAGGGAUCCCUUCGGGGUUGUGGCAUUCAGGAGAUGCAAAUCAUUCGGUCCAACCUGUGCUCUGUGUUUACAGGAGUAAGUAUAUUGUUGACUUGUGUCUAGAGCUAUUCAAGGGAGGCAAGGGCAUGUCAAGGUAUCUGUGUCUUGUUGAGUGUAAGACCUUUAGCUAUUAGUAGUUUAGCUUGUUAGCUACCUUUGUGUUACCAGCUGUUGGGAGGGAGUUUACCAAUAGAUUGGGUGUACAGGGAGUCUGGAUUUUGUGGGGUGGAGAGCUGGAUUUCUAAGCCGAGGGCAUUUAUAGCAUCUUCCCUUCUCACUUCCUUAGGUAGAGGGGGGGAGCAGAGGAGGAUAUAUUUAAGAGUAUACAGUGGGACCAUUCACCCAUCUGGCUCCAAUUUCCUCUAUUGCCUUCACUAUCGGAGGGAGAGGGGCAGUUCCGGUAUAGGGUAGGGUGGGGGGCAGGGGUUGCUGGCCCAUUACUCUUGUGGAUUUUUCUACUCAUUCUUGUUCAAAUUACUUGCCUGAUGGGUCUAAGAUACCUAGCCUAGGGUCAAGGGGGGGGGGUGGUUGGGAUGGGGGAGGGAUGGCAGUGUGGGCUGCGGGGGUUGCUGCCUCAGUGCCUUAGCGCCAUCAUAUGCAACAGGAGUGUCGGCUUAAGCCGACACUGUCUCUGUUCUUGGGUUUAUCUGACUAUAGUGCAGGCGUCCCUAGUACACUUGUUUAGGUGGCUUGCACCGUGGUGUCAGGCAGCAGAGGGGCAUAGGUGAGGGUGCUUCUGCAUUUUAACAUCUACGUGUCAGGAGCUGGGGGACCUGUAAGUGUAGAACAGUUCCAAUUAAACAUCAAGCCCCACAAACCCAAUAAGAUACGUAUUCACAGUUUGAGAGGAGCAUAACUCAAACAGCGUUAUCUAUACAGUAUUAAGCAGCACAUUUAUACAUUACACAGUGCUGUUCCCAUCCGCUCUAUUCUCUAGCCCUUGUCUUUGCGUUGUUUAUUUAUUUUGUAUUAUUAUUUAUUUUUAUUAUUAUUUAUAUAUAUUUAUUUUUGGGGUAGGGAAAUGGAGAGGUGGUGAGGAGGCUGGUGAGUGAGCGGGAGGGCCCAAAAUCAGUGCCGUAUGGGGUCAAGUGUUCAAGUCCUCUUGUAUAUUCUGGCCUCAUAGAGUUCUCUGGUAGAUGUGCUAUGUCUAUCAGAGGUAGCAUUCUCAGAGAGUUUUUCCCUGGUGUAGGGUAUAGAGCCGCUAAGUGUGGUGCGGGUCGUUGUUGGCGGAAUAAAGGGGGCCUGCCGGUAAGGUACCCCCGAGUUGGUAUUCGGGUUUGGGUAGGAAGCAGUGAUUGGUAGGGGAAGGGGGGUAAGGAAGAGGCAUAAGGGCAUAAGAGCCCAGGCUUAGACCCCCGGAUGUGAAUUACUUGCGUGACCAUGGUUAAGAUACAGAUCCCAUCAGUGUAGCAAGAGUCACUGAGGUCUGCGGCCUUGUUUCACCUAUGCGCUGCAGGCUGCCAGAGGUGUACUUGCAGUGUCCAUAUAUAUGAAGGAUAUCCAUCGUUAUGUCGGGAAAUGUGAAGUGGCUCGCGACAGCCCACAGGUGUGAGAUUACUGUGUAAAGUUGGACUUGUUUGUAGCAGGCUAGUUGAACUGGGCUGUGUCCCCAGAUGCGCUUUCCACAGGUCCUGUUCUUCUUUUUUUGGGAGUUUGCUGCCAUUGGUUGCAUUGCUGGAGUCUCGAAAGUGUGUUCGGAUGAGGGACACAGGCAUACCAAUACGUAAUAUGCACCUCAGAUACAUCUAGUGCCCUCAGGAAUACCGGUACAUCAAGCGAGUUUGAGAUCGUGUGAGAGGCUCCUUGAUAGGUGUCAGUAAGUGCGAAGGGAAAUCCUCAGUGAUACCGGAGGUUCUGUGAGGAACUGACUCUGCUGGGUUUACGAACCCUCAUUUACAUGGUGCUAAACCUCUUCCUUACCAGUACACCAGCCUGCCUUUUGCAAAUUUACCUGAGAUCUGAUACCAUUGCUUGUAGAGUCAAGGUUAUCAGUGACAACUCACUUCAGCUGUGUCUAGUCAGGUGUCUGGUUCUUGGCCUAUAAAAGCCACUUCCUGUCUCUGUACCUUUGCCAGAUUAUUGUGGUUCCUGUACUCUCUAAUCCAGCGUGUUCCUGUUUCUCCUUCCUGUUGCUGAAUUUGGACUGUUUUGACUUUGCUGCUUCUCCUUCCCACUGACCUCGGCUUGCCUGACUACGAUUAUCAUCUUUCUGUUCCAGUCUCCCAUCUCUGCUUAAGACCAGAAGGCCACUCAAGGCUCAGGGGCUCAACCACCUGGGUAACGAGUGGCUACCUCUGGCAGAAAACAUUGCUGAUCUGGCUACUGGACUCCAAAACUUUGUAACAUCAAUAUCAUUACAGAAUAAUCUGGCCCAUUCAUGGAGACCGUCGGAUCAGAUUCUGCAUUGGCCCAGCAGGUUGCUUUUAAUGCAAGAACUAUGCAGACCCAGGCACAGACCAUUCAAGUGCUGCAGGAUCAGGUAGCUGAACUGCAAAAUGAAGUUCGAUCAAUGCAUAGUGAGCUUACCAGCUACAGGGCACAUGAUGUUGCGGCUGCUGCUACUACUACUGUUACACCUGCACAAGAUGCCCGCUUGCCUCUACCAGAAAAAUUUGGAGGAGACCGCAAAAAAUUCAGGGGUUUCCUAAAUCAAUGCCGUUUGCAUUUCAUGAUGUUACCUAACCGUUUUCCAUCUGAAAGAGAGAAAGUGGGAUUUAUUUUUUCCCUCUUCAAAGAUGAAGCCCUGGCCUGGGGCUCCCCUUUUCUGGAACAGGACAGUCCAAUCUUGGGAAACUUAAAAGACUUUCUUGAGGCCAUGUGCCUAGUUUUUGAUGAUCCCAAUCGCUGUGCUACAGCAGAAGCCACUCUCCUUCAUUUACAUCAAGGGAGGCGAUCUGUGGCUGAAUAUGCUGCUGAAUUCAGACAGUGGGUUACUGAUACUACUUGGAACCAAUCAGCCCAGAGGUUCCACUUCAGAAGGGGUCUCUCAGAAGCUAUAAAAGAUGAGCUAGCUCGUGUUGAUCUUCCUGUUGAGUUUGAUGCAUUUGUGCGGUUGGCUAUCCGUAUUGAUCGGAGACUUUCAGAAAGAAGAUUGGAAAGACAGGGCUCUUUUAAACCAAGUGCUACUCCUACUUUCUAUUCAAGAAUUUCUACUCCGACCCCACAAACACCUACAGACUCUGAACCUGAGGCUAUGCAGGUAGAUCUAAUAAGAGGGCCAUUAUCCAAUGAAGAAAAACAGUGGCGACGCACUCACAACUUAUGCCUGUAUUGUGGUAGUGCAGGGCAUUAUGCCAUCAAGUGCCCUAACAAGUCUAAAAGAACAAUAGCUAUGACUGCUGAGGGUGCACAGAUUCAACACCAAUCCCAGAUUUCAGACCAACUGGAUUCUGUCACACAACCCUUGUUUUCUCUGGCUCAGGGUGAAGAAGGUAUGAUGACUCAACAUCCUCAUUUGGUGGUGCCUAUCACUUUGCAAUAUGGUAAUAAUAAAAUUUCAACUACAGCUAUGAUAGAUUCCGGAGCAGGCGGAAACUUUAUGGACAUUAAAUUUGCAGCAGGAAAUAAAAUUCAGUCUAUCCCUAAAUCUUCACCUGUGUUAAUGGAAACAGUAGACGGUUCUCCACUUACGUCAGGCCCGGUUACACAUGAGACUGUGCCCUUAAAAUUGAUUCUGGAAGUGAAUCACCAUGAGUCUAUAUCUUUCCACCUAAUUUCCUCAACACAGUUUCCAGUGAUUUUGGGUAUACCCUGGCUUGCUCUGCAUAACCCACAGAUUGAUUGGAAGACUAGAACUUUGUCCUUUCCUUCAGAACACUGCUUAAUGAAUUGUCAACCCUCUAAGGCGACACCUGUUACCACAACAAUUAAUGAAAUGGUUGCUACAAACUUAACUAAGCUUCCGCUACAAUAUCGGGAUUUUGCAGAUGUCUGUGAUAAGAAGAAUGCUGAUCAGCUUCCACCUCACAGGCCUUAUGAUUGCCCCAUAGAGCUGCUACCUGGAGCUGCUAUCCCAUUUGGCCGUAUAUACUCCCUUUCUGAGCCUGAAUUGAAAGCACUUCGUGAAUACAUACAAGAAAAUCUUGCCAAAGGCUUUAUUCGACCAUCCACUUCUCCAGCAGGAGCUCCUAUAUUCUUUGUAGAAAAGAAAGAUGGCAGUCUACGGCCAUGUGUCGAUUACAGGGACAUUAAUAAAAUCACUGUUAAAAACCGUUAUCCCUUGCCUCUCAUUCCUGAACUUCUGGAGAGACUUCGUUCAGCUAAAAUAUUUACGAAGCUUGAUCUACGGGGGGCAUAUAAUCUGGUUCGCAUAAGACCAAAUGAUGAAUGGAAAACAGCUUUCAGAACCAGGUACGGACAUUACGAAUAUCUAGUAAUGCCAUUUGGGCUUUGUAAUGCCCCUGCAACUUUUCAGCAUCUAAUCAAUGAUGUACUACGGGAUCUCCUGGAUCAGUUUGUUGUGGCAUAUUUGGAUGAUAUCCUGAUAUUUUCUGAUAAUCUUGAAAAUCACAGAAAACAGGUCUGCAUUGUUCUUGAGCGCCUUCGUACCCACCACCUAUACAUUAAACUGGAAAAAUGUGAGUUUGAACAAACAGAAAUUCAGUUCCUGGGGUAUGUAAUAACUCCUAAAGGUUUAAGUAUGGACGCAAGUAAAAUUAAAGCUGUGCUGGACUGGCCCAUCCCCAAGAAUGAAAAAGAUAUACAGAGAUUUGUGGGGUUUGCCAAUUUUUACAGGCGUUUCAUUAAGAAUUUCUCUGCCGUUAUUACACCGAUCACUGAACUUACACGUAAAGGGACUCCUUUUCAGUGGUCCAAUAAGGCUGACACUGCAUUUUCCAGAUUAAAGACUCUGUUUACAUCUGCCCCUAUCUUGGUACAUCCUCAGCCAGAAUUGCCAUUUACUGUAGAGGUAGAUGCUUCUGAUUCAGCUGUUGGGGCUAUACUAUCUCAAAGGACUGGACCUAAGAUGUUGUUACAUCCAUGUGCCUUCUAUUCCCGCCAGAUGUUACCAGCAGAAAGAAAUUAUGACAUAGGGAAUAAAGAACUUUUGGCUAUAAAAGCUGCCUUCACCGAAUGGAGACAUCUCUUGGAGGGAGCCACCCAUCCAAUUACUGUCCUCACAGAUCACAAAAAUCUGGAAUGUAUCCAAUCCGCUAAGAGACUGUCAGCCAGACAAGCACGCUGGUCCCUAUUUUUCUCAAGGUUUAAUUUUUUUAUUUCAUACCGCCCUGGUUCCAGAAAUGGCAAGGCGGAUGCCUUGUCUAGGAUAGCUGACCCCCUCCAUACUACAGUAACCAAGGCCACCAUCUUGCCGGAGAGCAGAUUUUUAGGAGUUACCUUUCCUUCUGAUCUAAUGUCUCGCAUUAAAAAGGGCUACUCUAAAGAUCCAGUUUUUCGUGAUCCUCCUCGUGAUCUUCAUAUGACCAUGCUUAAUGGGUUUUGGAUUUUUCAACAACGUCUGUUUGUUCCAGAAUCAGUGCGACUGGACGUUUUACGCCUCUACCAUGACUCUAAACCAGCAGGUCAUCCAGGAAUCCGAAAGACACAAGAACUACUUACCCGAUCCUUUUGGUGGCCUAAAUAUUAUGAGGAUGUUAAGAAGUAUGUGUCCUCUUGUGAUGUAUGUGCCAGACAUAAGACUCCUCGCUCAUCCCCUGUUGGCUUGCUUCAGCCUCUUCCGAUUCCUCAUCGUCCCUGGGGAUCUAUAUCCAUGGACUUUAUUGUGGAACUACCUCCCUCUAAGGAACACACUACUAUUCUUGUUGUUGUGGACCGGUUAACCAAGAUGAGUCAUUUCAUACCAGCUCGUGGUCUCCCUUCAGCUAAACAGACUGCUGACCUUGUUAUUCGGGAAAUAUUUCGCUUGCAUGGAGUGCCUGAUGAAGUAAUUUCUGACAGGGGAGUGCAGUUUACAUCUCAUUUUUGGAAAUAUUUUUGUUCUAUUCUAGGUAUUAAUGUAAAUCUGUCUUCAGCUUUUCAUCCACAAAGUAAUGGACAGACUGAGCGAACCAACCAGACUUUAGAACAAUAUUUGCGGUGCUAUAUUAGUUACCUGCAGGAUGACUGGCUGGAUUUUCUACCCACGGCGGAGUUUGCCUAUAACAAUGCCCAACACUGCUCCACUUCUCUGAGCCCAUUUUUUGCCAAUUAUGGUUACCAUCCAACCUUUCUAGUGAGUCUCCCAAUUACUACUCCCAUUCCUGCAGUCACUGACCGGCUAACCGCCUUACGAGAUUCCCAAGAACUGUUGAAGGAGACUCUUUCGGAGGCUCAGGAAUGUUACAAAAGAGCUGCUGAUAGGCACAGAAAGGAGGCCCCAGUUUAUCAUGUUGGUGACAAGGUUUGGCUGUCAACAAAGAAUCUUAAGCUUAGGAUUCCUUCUCAUAAAUUGGGUCAAAAGUUCAUGGGACCUUUUAAGAUAAUCGCUCAGAUCAAUGCAGUCACCUUCCGUCUGCAACUUCCGGAUUCCAUGAAAAUACAUCCGGUGUUUCACGUGGCACUGCUUAAACCUUUUCAUGAAAAUACUUUCCCUGGUCGAGCCUUGCCUGCCCCACCACCAGUCCUCGUGGAUGGUGAAGAUGAAUACGAGGUGGAAAAAAUUCUUGACUCCAGGAUCUUCCGCAACAAGCUUCAAUACUUGGUUCAUUGGAAAGGCUAUGGUGAGGAGGAUAGAUCAUGGGAACCAGUGGACAAUAUUCAUGCUCCUGAUCUUCUUCAGUCUUUCCAUGCACAGUACCCUGCUAAACCAGGAAAUAGGGCAUCCAGAGGCUGCGCCUGUAGAGGUGGAGGUAAUGUGAGGAACUGACUCUGCUGGGUUUCGAACCCUCAUUUACAUGGUGCUAAACCUCUUCCUUACCAGUACACCAGCCUGCCUUUUGCAAAUUUACCUGAGAUCUGAUACCAUUGCUUGUAGAGUCAAGGUUAUCAGUGACAACUCACUUCAGCUGUGUCUAGUCAGGUGUCUGGUUCUUGGCCUAUAAAAGCCACUUCCUGUCUCUGUACCUUUGCCAGAUUAUUGUGGUUCCUGUACUCUCUAAUCCAGCGUGUUCCUGUUUCUCCUUCCUGUUGCUGAAUUUGGACUGUUUUGACUUUGCUGCUUCUCCUUCCCACUGACCUCGGCUUGCCUGACUACGAUUAUCAUCUUUCUGUUCCAGUCUCCCAUCUCUGCUUAAGACCAGAAGGCCACUCAAGGCUCAGGGGCUCAACCACCUGGGUAACGAGAGGCUACCUCUGGCAGAAAACAUUGCUGAUCUGGCUACUGGACUCCAAAACUUUGUAACAUCAAUAUCAUUACAGGUUCCUGGUGCGUAGCUGAUCGGUGAUAGGCUUUAAGGCCCUGCAGACCUGUAGCGUCAUCCAGGACAAGUCCGGGUAAAUAGCCACGGGAGUGUCCCGGUAUGGAAGUGGUUGUUGAGAUAGACGCAGGACCUUCAUUACCCUGUUCUUAUCUUCAAAGUAAUGGAGUCUGCAGAUCACAUCUCGAGGUGUCUCGGAUGCUGCGUUACGAGGGCGAAGGGCCCUGUGUGCUCAAUCUAGAAUCACAGGGGUGUCUGUGGGUUGGUCUAGAAUUAGAUUGAGUAGUUCUCCUAGGAUGUCUGGUAAGUGUUCUUGAUCUACCUCGUGCAGUUCUUUGAAUCUCAGAUUUUUGCGUCGACCCCUGUUGUCCAGAUCGUCCAGGGAUCACUGUAGAAAUGCAUAUUGAGUAGUUUGAGCAUCCAUGUCGUCCCGGAGCACUCCCAUCGUAUCUCUGUCUUCUUCUAGGGAGGAGACUCUGUUUUUGGUGUCUUGGAAGUCAGACCCAAUGGCAUCUAGUUUUGUCUGGAAUGCUUUUUCCAGUUUGUUUAGCAUCAUGGCAAGAUCAUUUUUCGAGGGUAGGGCCCUAACUAGUCGCCUGAUGUCUGCAUCCUGGUGAUGGGAUGGGUGCUCUGAUCCUGAUGUGCUUGCCAGUGCGGAGCAGAGUGGAGGCGAGUCUGAUGCCAUAUUGGGGCCUUCAGACACAGGAUGUAACUAGUAUUACAGACUUUCAUUGCAUAUGGAUGGUCACCACAUAUGGUUCACGUUAAGAUAGAUUGAUGAAGGCCUGUUGAUAGUAACCUUUGACCUAGCUUUGCAAGCCAGACUCCCUGUGUAUUACCAAGGCUCAAAUUUCUAAAGGCAUUUAUUAAUUUAACCAUGUAUAUAUGACUUAUUUUGCUGCCUAAAUAUAAUGUAUGACUUUAAUCAUAGAUUUCAAAUGUUACUAAGCCACUACCCUUUUCCUAUGAUAGACAAUUAUUUUAAAGUAAGGAAACCUUUUGUAUAUGCCCCUAUAUAACUGAAUUUUAAACCUAUAAAACAGAUUGUAGCUAAGGAUUUUUACAAAUACCUUUAACAUCAAAAAUGGAUUCUAUCUUGAAGUGCUUACACACUGCUCUGUAUUGGUCAAGACGUUCAACUACUAUUAUGUUGUUUUCGGAUGGUGUGUAUGUUUGAAUAAAUAUACAUUUUUGGCUGCAAGACGCUGAUUCGAUUAUUAGAACACUGGUGUUUGACAAACAAAAAUCUCAAGAAAAGCUAAUUAUCUACACAUGCUAGGGUCAGUGCAUAAAAGUCCUGUGUGGCCAAAAUAAAACCAGUUGACUCCCAGAACUAUAUAUCCUCUAGUUACUGGUGGAUUGGAUGCUUGAGUAUUUAAUGGUUCCAGUCUGGCUGAGAGAAGGAAUUAGCAAAGGUAACCAGUUGGAUUACCCCGGGUCUGCUACAGGUUUGUUGCAUUGAGAAAUUGUUUGAAAGUAUUAGUUUUAUUGGUACUUGCUAUUAUUUUAACGAGGUGGGUAGCUAUACUUUUCUUUUUAAUUGGGGUAGGGAUGGCAGAGGUCUUGGGGAUCACAUGGAUCACAUGAAGGAUUGAGUAAAAUUAUUUUAACCCCCCCAUUUGAUGUUUAUAUUGAGCCCCCAUGCACUGCCUAUGGGUGCAGCUAGGGGGACACUAAGUUUGCUACCUGUUAUCAAUAUUCGAGCCUCCACUUACUGACCAUGGGUGAUGCCUGAGGGGGGAAAUUGUUUCUCAUAGAGUAUUAAUUACAGCCCCCACUAACUGUCCUAAUGCAAUCACUAUGGUGAGAGUUCACUGGAAAUCAUGUUUAGCUUGGAUUUGCAAAAAAAUGAAAGUUGAAUAUUUAAUAUAUUAAGUGUACUGUUAUUGCAUAUUUUUGUAAAGUAUUCUCUAUAUACUGUAUUUAAAAACAUGUGAAAUAUGGAAUUGAUUCUCUGUUCCUUCAUCCCCAUAACAUUAUCCAGUCAGCUCUCUGUGUUUUCCUUUCUGCUUCUGCUAAUUCUCGCAUGUAGCCCAUUACUAAUGAAAAAACAACCUCUCCAAGCAUCCAUGUGUGGCAAACCUAGCCACUUAAGACUAUUGCAUGUGUGGAUAUUAUAAGGUUUGCUGGCUGUGAGAACCAAGUGUAAUGUAGUAUGGGGUGUUCAUGUGAACAAGAGCGUUCAUAUGCUUGUAAUACGUGAAACCCAGCAUUGCCUAUGCAGUUUCACGAACAGUGAGUUUAAACACUGUUCGUGAAACGAAUAACCUACCGAACAGUCGACCACACAUAGGAGGUCGUGUGGCGCUCAUUAACCGAUUGCAACAUUGUUGCAAUCGGUAGUUAACGACUUCCCUAGGUGGCCGUCGUUUGGCUACUGACUACGCGGCGGUCGGCCAUCUUGAUUCCUUUGUUAGCCAGCGGGGUUUUGCCGUCGAGCGUCUGGAACUAAAAACGGCUACUCAACAGCGCGAACCCCGCUGGACUUCCAGGCCAUUCGGGAGCCCCGGCCAUUCGGUAGUUUGUUUCCCUAAUAUCAAUAUCAUCGCUAUUUUAACCAUAUGUUGGAAAUAAUGUGUAUUUCUUACGGCGUUCGGUUAGUUAGACUGGGAGCUGAGCGGUAUUUCCACGAACUAUGCGCUCAGCCUCCAGCUAUCUACCGAACGUCCAUUCAUGUAAAACAAGUGAAUAUUAUUGAAGUUAUGGAUUUUAAGGUAAAAUGUAAGUUCUGCUGCACGGAGGGAUAAUCCCAUUAACUGUAUAUUUCAGUGGGAGUAUCCCUCUCAUCCAGCAGUGCAUGGGAGAAAUGUAUGUGUUGGGCAGUUCUCCAUGUAGUCCCCUACUGUACAACCCCUGUAAUGUCAGUAGGGAAACCCCUUGCAUGGGGAAUCCCAUAAAUACAGUGUCCUGUGAAUAAAACCUCAGUUGACUCCCAGCUUAUGUGUCGUCUAGUUCUUGGGAAGGAAGGAUUACUACAACUCUACCGGGAUUAUUGUAUGCUGUGCUUAUUCCCCUGGAUUAUCCUAUGUUAUUCCUGUUACCCAGCGGAGAUAUUGUGGAUUAUACUGCCUCUCCGCUACACCAUGUAACUGCAUGAAUCAAAAUAUGUUCAAUAUCUGAAGGCAGAUCUAUUUUCAAAAUUAUUUGGUGACCCUUUACAAGUCACCUCAUGUAUUUAUUCCUCUAGGUUUGUCUUAUUCUUUCCAUUAUUCUUUUCUUUUAGUUCAUAGAGUAAACUAAUGGGGAUUUGGUACAAAGCAUGUUCAGACAAAGCCUAUCAUUUCUUUUGAAGUACCUGUUUUGUUUUUUUUUGCUUGUUUUUUUUGACCAGGCCCUUACAUAAUUACUUAGGUUGAAAAUAGACAUGCAUCCAUCAAGUUCAGACUUUCUCGCAUCUGUUUUUGCUGUUACUCCAAUAAAAGGCAGAAAAAAACCCAGUCUGAAGAUCUUCCAAUUUUGUAACAAACUAGGAAAAAAUCCUUCUUGAUCCCAGAAUGGCAACCAGAUUUAUCCUUGGAUCAAUAAGCUAUUAACGCACUAAAAGUAUAUUCUUGAAUAUUUGUUGUUGCAAGUAUGCAUCCCGUUGCUGUUUAAAUAGACCCUGAUAAAGCAACAUUUUCAGGCAAAUAUUUCUGUAUUCUUACUGUUCUUACAGUAAAAAAAAAAACAUUUUCUUUGCCUCAGACCAAAUCUCCUUUCUUCCCGUCUGUCUUAUGCAUAGUUCAAAAUGAAUAGAUUUUAAAACAAUGAUUUUUAUUGACCCUGUAAUGCAUAAAAAAAAAAAUGCUUCGACUCUUCACAAACUUCAUCUGGGCACAUAAAUAUUCUAGAAUUCUUUAUUAGGUCCUGACUAGACACGAGUUUAGUGGUGGACUGGGUGUACCUCACACUAUAAAGCUACCAUUCUAUCCAGAAUUUACAAAUGGUCUAUCUCCCCACCUGCCAGGCAAUGGACACUACUAGAUAGCUCCAUGUUCCAAAUCCCCCUCCACUCAAUCUCAUGGCAAAAAACAAAUCUCUUGACACUGCUGAUCUGCCACGCCACUCAUCCCACUACUAUUCUCCAAGAGAUUCCAAGGACAUUUCUCCUCACCCGUCCCCCAUGUACCCUAUUACCCACAACCCACUCUUCCCACUGGGACUAUAAGCCAUAUCCUACCAACAAUUCCAAUGAGCUUCUGACAUGGCAUUGUCAUCCAAGAGAGAGCACUAGGUUCACUUUUGGAUGGCAAUGCCAUAAGGUCCCUCCCUAGUCUACUUGGACCAUUGCAAUCGUUCCAUUUUGCACAAAUUACCCACUUCCUGACUUCCAAUCCUACCCUUAUAAAGGGUUCUCACACCCUCUCAGACUUUGAAAUACACUGCAGACCCACAAUGUUAAAUUGAAACAACUCUCAAUAUUCUACAAACUCCUCAAAUUAUUUAUUUAUAAAAUAUUUUACCAGGAAAGAUACAUUGAAAUACCAACCCCCUGCCCCCCUUCACAGAGUCUUGGAUCACAGACAUCAAUAUCUAUCUCAUAACAUCACAAUGGAAAACAGUUUUUACGCAAAUACACAUGGUCCCAAUCUGCAACAAUGUAGAGAAUCUCCAGGUGGCACUAAUCCCCAUCCAAAAUACACAGCCUAUUCCCAAACACACCAGAUGUUUGUUGGAAGUGAUCCCAACCUGGGGCAUCCUUGGCACACACCUGUUGGCAUUUCCCACUGAUCCAGACGUACUGGACCAACAUAGUGAAAAUGACCAAAAUAGUGACAGGACUCUAACUCCCUCUUAUACCACAUACAUUAGUGUUUCUAAUUUUUCCCUGCACCCUCCCCAAGCCACAACAUAUUCUCCUUGCUUACCUUCUCACAUCCGUCAACUUACUCUCGUGAAAUGGAAAAAUCCCAAAGCUCCACCCGUCAGGAACGGAUCACUAAAGAAGACACAAUUAAAAUUAUGGAGGAGAUUCAAGCCUCCAUCUCCCACAUAUAACCACUCUACCAAGAGGUGUGGGAGGCGUGGGCAAGAUUUAUGACAGAAUAAUAACUUACCUCCCGUGCCAGCAUGCCCAUCUAUGCCAUAUCAUCCUUUGACAGGCCUUGAGCCAUACAGCCACCCCCUCUCCUUCGUCUUCCAACUACUCUAGCCUGCUUCUCCUUCCUGCUCUCCCUUGCAGACGUCCCACUCUACUGGUCUGAUGCAGAGUAGACUGCUGUCAGCAGAUGCAGUUGGGUUGGUCUCAUCUGUGUUUGGAGUUGGGGCUCCACUACAACCCACUCUAAUGAUAAGCCACACUAGUACAACACUUACACCCGACUUCUUCACCAGGAUUUAUACUCUAUACUUCUUGUUUACUGUUCACUGUCUUAUAUUUAGAGUGUUCACCCACUAUUUUAUAGUGUUAUGACAAUACCCCACCAAUGAUCCAGCGAAAUCCAUCCAGCUGUCGGCUAGGGCCGCCAGCUGAAAUCAACCUUGAACAAUACCCCUAUUGCAAUUCCAGACACGUGCGAACCCCAAGCCCUCCAUGGUGUUACAUAUCACAUGAUUCACAUAUGAGGCUAUAUAUAAACUGCGAAUGAAUGUUUUGUACUACCCUACUGUGUAUCAAUUCUUCAUUUAUUGUUGAUCUGUGUCAAGGAAAACUAAUCUGUACUAUUCAAACAUUUGCCUUGGUAUUGUACAACUUUUAUUUACAAUAAAGCUUUAAAAAAAAGUUUUUCUUUUUUUGCAUCCUUUAUUGAUGAAAUAAGCAGCCAUAGAUACGAGGAUAACUGAACAGAUAUCCUGAACAGAUAUCUUUACAUUUUGCAAGAUGACCAUUUUCCCUUUAUAUUGUGUAAUUAUUAUUUCCAACAUUGGCCUCAAUGCAAUAUUUUUGUAUAAGCUUUUUAAAUUAUUUAAUAGUUUUUAUAAACUUUUAAAAUUAUUUAACAUUAUUCAAAAUAUUUUAAAUUUCAUUAUAUAUAUAUAUAUAUAUAUAUAUAUAUAUAUAUAUAUAUAUAUAUAUAACAAAAAACCAUAUACAAGGAGCACUCACAGGUCUUCAUCUGAAUGCUGAUUUAUUCUAAAGUGCAAAUUACAUGUGCAAUCAACGUUUCGACCCUCGCAGGGUCUUCUUCAAGAUCUUGAAGAAGACUCUGUGAGGGUCGAAACGUCGAUUGCACAUGUAAUUUGCACUUUAGAAUAAAUCAGCAUUCAGAUGAAGACCUGUGAGUGCUCCUUGUAUAUGUUUUUUUUGUUAUAUGUCUAAACGCUGAGGAUUGCACCCAGGCAGCAGUAUACUAAUUUUUUGGGGAACAUUAAGGGUGAGUGCCAAGAAUUAUCUUCAUAUAUAUAUAUAUAUAUAUAUAUAUAUAUAUAUAUAUAUAUAUAUAUAUAUAUAUAUAUAUAUAUAUAUAUAUAUAUAUAUAUAUAUAUAUACUGAACAAAAUGAUAAACAUUUUUGUUUUUGCCCCCAUUUUUCAUGAGUUGAACUCAAAGAUCUAAACCUUUUCUAUGUACAUAAAAGGCCUAUUUCUCUCAAAUAUUGUUCCUAAAUCUGUGUCAGUGAGCACUUCUCCUUUGCCGAGAUAAUCUAUCCACCUCACAGGUGUGGCAUAUCAAGAUGCUGAUUAGACAGUAUGAUUAUUGCACAGGUGUGCCUUAGGCUAGCCACAAUAAAAGGCCUCUCUAAAAUGUGCAGUUUUACUGUUUUACUUGUGCUGCUACAUCGCUGUUGUCCCCAACAAACUUCAAAAACCAUCUGUCAAACAUCCACAACGCAACUACACAAUGACUAUAGUAUCAUGUCCCUCCUUCCAGACUAUUCCCUACCUAUCAACCUGCCUCCUGACUCUGUAGAUACGAAUAUCCAUUUCACUAUCUAUCCUAGCUGUUCAUAUAAGGGUUAAUUUGAACCAAGAAUGCAUUUGGAAUUGUAUCUCCGAUUCUCAGAAAUACAUUUUUCUAAAAUCCUAGUUAUGGCAAAAGUACUGAUUUCGAAAUGUUCUUGUUAGUUGUCCAAGAUUUUGGUAUUUGUAAAUAUCUGGGUUUUUUAAUCAAAUAUAACAAGAAACUGUUGCUUAUAACUUGUGAAAAACAAUCUAUGUCAUUGUCAUCAUUGUCACGCUCAUAUGCUAAUUUUUCCCCCUCCCAUCCUGCCAUGAAAAUGGGGUAUAAAUAUAAAUGACGUAUGAAUAAAAUUUGAAUUGGUUAUUGAACACGUCUCUGCUAUUCAUUUCCAAUUUCCAGAGCUCUGAAUGAGUUGGCAAAUAUCCAUCAUCCAAAGGGCCCGGGCUUAUUUUAUCCCCAACAAAUUGGUGUCAGAAGUUUGGGUGCAAUUGGAGAUGGAAGGUAAGGGAUGAUGUCUUUCAGACACCUAUUCUUUUCUUUUUCUCAUCCUCCACACUUUGCAUAUUUAAAAAAACAAAUACAAAAAUUUUAAAGGGCAUUUUCACUGCAUAAUGUCUUUGAAAGACAUGAUAUUUUUUUAAGUCUAAGGUAGACUUUUAUGACUCUUUGGGUAGGAGGAAAGCCUUCGGCAGGCAGUAUUGUGCAUAAUUGUCUAUGGUAGACAAUUCCUCUUUGAUAGAGGUUCACCUUUGGCAGGUGGUAAAAAGAUUUUCAAGCCAUUGGCAGGCUGUCAUGUAAUGUAGUGUACAUGUACAUGUGGGUUUUGCAGAUUACAUUGGUUUAAAAUAAAAAAUAAAUAAAAAAAAGAGGGUUAAAAGGGAAUAUUGUUUAAACCCUGUAUGAUGGAUGUUUGGCAUUACUCCAGCUUGCUACUUUAUGUGCUAUUUUAUGUGACUGUGCAACUCUGAUUUUCAGCAUAAAGUCCUAACUGCCUGUGAUUUUGAAAUGGGUACUUCCCAGUCUAAUAAAAUAUCAAUAUCAAGGACUACCCACUGCUCCAUAAAGCUCUCUUUUACCCCUUCACCAGGAAGAAAGGAUUGGGCAGCUCCUCUGAAGCCCUGAGGGUGUCCAAACCAGGUAUAAGAAUUAAGGGAAUAAAAUGA